GGCCGACAUGUCAAGACAGGACAACUGGCGGCCAUCAAGGUCAUGGACGUCACAGAGGUAAGCUGGUGCUCGAUUGGGAGAGGUUUGUGUGUGAUUUAACAGAGAGCUGGUUUGACUGACAGUUUUACUUGGCAGUCGCCAUAGCUUUACUUGGUUGUCCUAUUGCUCCCACACAUUAACUUCCAUUCAUUAAGAGUUCCAUUUUGGUUCCCAGUGUUGAUAUACUACUUCCUGAAUAAUCUGGUGAUUUAUGACAUCACUAUCUCAUCCUUCCUUGGACUCAUUCUAGACUUUAUAUUCCCUCCAAUAGGCUCCUCAGAGAGACAUUUCCUUUUUAAGACCCAAACCAGUAGAUACACAAAUUACAUCCGAUGUCAGGCCUCAUGUCAAGACCAAAUCAAAUCAAGUAAAAAUCUGGAUCACAGAUUAGAUCUUUAGUACUUGACUCAACGAUCCAGCUAUGCUUGAUAAUAAAUACUCUAUAACCACAUUCUAGCCCAUGUAGAUUUGGGACAUAUCCCAAGUUGAGUUUUAUUGCAUCUGAGGCCCUACAGAAUGUCUUUAAUUUGAACCAAAAUACUGUAGCAGGAUAGCAGCAGUCGCCAAGAUAAACAUCCAGCACCCCCUGCUCUCUCUCCUUUCCCCAAUUCCCCUAGUCAAUAUUUUCCCUCCUAAAAUAGCCAUAAUAUCAGGCUUAUAUGAAUGUAGGGCUUCAACCUCUGUGUUUUUCCUCUUCAUGCUAGAAAGCUGAGUUUGUGUUUGGAGCUGGAUGGAGGUGGUCUUAUGUAGCCCAGGGCAGCAUUAGGCAGAGUGCUGAGAGCUCUGGUGUUUUGUUAGUGACUGCGUGUUCAGAUACUCUGGAGGAGGGUUGCACACAGCCUCUACGGACCCCCUGUCAUGUCCUGUGAAGUCAGCCUGCAUUCAGGUGGUGUGUGUGUGUGUGUGUGUACUAAGUGUCUGCCUCCACCCAUUUGCCUUAAAGGUGUCCCUUAUGGUGCCUGAACAGAAAGACAGACACAGGCUAUUGUCACUAGGCAAAUGUUACAGACCGUAUUUGUCUCCAUGACAAAGCAUCUUCCUACCCUGUCUCUAAUAAUUGAUUUGAAAAGACAUCCGAGCACAAUCCUUUCAUUUCUCAUGUCACCAUUGCAAAAUAGAGACUAAAGAAAAUAUGGAAUAGCGAUUAGGACAGGGAGAAGGAUGGAUAGUCAGUAGGAGCACAGAGAAUGAGAGUAUUGGCGGGUGGCUAUACAGUCCUACUGGUCAUCUACACACAACAGCUCUUUUCUGAGAGGAGGGUUUUUGAAAGCCGUUUUGUAAUAUAAAAAUUUCAGUUGAGGUUUUGGUGUUUGCCAGGAGCGAGAGUUAGUUGGGUUGGAGUAGAUUGUUUAUUUUUGAAAAUGUUGCUCUUCUCUGGUUGUCCUGCAGGGGGUAGAUAUGCUAGUGAACCAAUAGGACAUAUGAUAUGUGCCAUCCAGUAACUCCUGGUUAGCAGAAAACUUCUGUUUGUGAGGUAUUACUUGAGGUAUUUUCGGUAUAUUUUGUUGAACUGUGUUGUAGCCUGCUACUUGAAGGAAACAGAGCCAGGUAGCAUCAUUGAGGUGUGUAGUGGUGGUGCACACCAGUUAUAGGGUCUAUGCCUAGGAUGGAAACAUGUCCUUGUAUUGUCAGCCUAGUACUUCUGGCCAAGCUCCCUACCGUGUUCAUGUGUUCUGUGUGUUCCUGUAUAGAACAUAUUACAGUAGAUGUAGAGACAGCUCCAGUAUACUUCUAGCUUCACUUUACUCUACAGGCUCAUCUCAGCAUAUGUGCCCUGACCCAGAUACCACAUCCUGUUCUACAUACAGCACGGAGAGGGAGAUGGGGAGUGGGGGAGAGAGGGGGAGUGGGGGAGAUGGGGAGUGGGAGAGGGAGAGGGGGGAGAGAAGGAAGGGGGAGGGGGAGGGGGGGAGAUAGGGAGGGAGAGUUUGUUUUUCUUUCCUCCUCUCAGAAGGUUCAGCUGAAGUGCAGUGGGAUUAUGGGAGGGGUUUAAGGCGCUCAGCCGCUUGGCUCUCUUCACCUCUCCUGCCCACUGCCUCGCUCUUCUGUCCAUCUUUCUCUCCCUCUCUCUCUUCCUAUCGCUGCCCUUUUCUCUUGGUCGUUUCCCUCCCACCUUCUGUCUUGCUCUCUUUCUCAUCACUACCCAUCUCUCCUCUCUCCCUUCCUCUCUUGCUCUUUCUCUCCUGCCUCUGUGUCUCACUAUAACUUCUAAUCACAUUAGGUCUACUUGCGGCAGAGCAGAGGACUGUAGUAUCUGGAGGCCUGCUCCCCUAACCUAGCAGAAAGGCUGCUGUUGGAGGCUAUCAUUCACUGUGAUUCAAUAGAAGUCAGAACUUCUUAGGAAAGGCCCAGAUACAGACAGAGCCUCUCCAUCUUUCCACUCUCUCUCUUGCUCGCUCUCUCUCUCGUGCUCCCUCUCUCUCUGUGUAGAAAGUGAGAAAAUGGUGGUGGGAGGUGUUGCAUCACUCUCUGCACCCAGUUAAAAAAGGGUUGCCCAUCACCCUUAUUUGUUCAAUUGUGUGAUACUAUCUGUAAGAUGGCUGCCACCACCUUCUCCCACCAUUUCAUGAGUUAGAAUGAUGAUAAUAGCAUCCGGACAAUGAGGAAAGUGGGGGAUACGAAGGACCGAGUGAGAGAAGAUGGGGUGAUGAGAGAUGAGGUUAUGGAGAGUGCAGACUGAUGUGAAGGUGAGAGAGAGGAGAGAGAUUAUGUCAUAUCUCCUUGCCUGAGCAGCUGUAACCCAGACCCCCACCCGCUUCUGUCUGUCAGCUCUUCUCUCUCCACCCCCCUCUCUGAAAUACACAUCUCUGAAUGAUAAAACCAGGCAGGGAAAAUGUCACGUCAUUCCACCAACAGGAAGACCACAUGUUGAGGGAGUAUUGUAAAAAGUGACACUGAAUCGAUGUUUUAUCAUCGAAUGGAUGCCUGACAUGGUUUAUGAGUGAAUCCUACACACUGCAUGUGUGUGUGAAAUGAUUGGUUUAUUAGGCUCCAUUAUAUUGUACGAUAUAGAAUGUGCGGUUUUCACUGCCAUGCUCUUCAACAGUCUCGGUUAGACUGAAAGUCAAUAAAUUGUGGUAUUUACUAGGCUCAUAAUGUGGUUGAGUAUAUACCAGCCUGUUCUGUUAUUGUUGUUGUUGUCAUGAUUACAAUAAACCUACUGUCUGAAGGAUGCCAAGAGUGAUAAACAACCAUGGAGUGUCAUCUCAUAGGCCAUCAUAAACAAAACAAAUAGCUUGCUAGGAAGUGUGUGUGUGACGUGUGGUUGGUUGUUUGUUUAUCUUGGGGGCUCCCAGAUGAAACUGUUAUCAGGUAAUCUGGGAGCCAUUAACUAAAUGUAAUGGUCUCUCUCGCGCUCUCUAUAGGAUGAAGAGGAGGAGAUUAAAUUGGAGAUUAAUAUGCUGAAGAAGUACUCCCACCACAGAAAUAUAGCCACCUACUACGGAGCCUUCAUCAAGAAGAGCCCCCCAGGACACGACGACCAGCUAUGGGUAAGUUGGUUUACCUCCCGCUUUCCCUCAGCCCCAGUGUUAAAUGUUAAAGUUCUCCGUCACUGCGACAGAUUUACAUCAUAUGGAUGACGCAAGAGGUUGGAGUAAAAAACACACUCCAGGCCACACUUGAACGUCUAAAACUAGGUAGAAAGUAUGUAGAAAUUAUAUAUAUAUAUAUAUAUAUAUAUAUAUAUAUAUAUAUAUAUAUAUAUAUAUAUAUAUAUAUAUAUAUAUAUAUAUAUACCACAUUGUUGAUACUCAUUUCUGAUUGGCUGGAAGGGCAUUCUAGAAUGGAUAUUAACACCAGAUAACAGGACAGUUGCAAAAGAUAUCGGGACAGUUGGGAAAAGACAUCGGGACACCUUGCAAUCAUGACGCAAUAUGCGCCUACACAUGCAGACCAUGCUUGCUACAAAGUCACAGAAAGCUAAACCAACAACCACACAAACCGAAAUUGGAAAAAUUAUAAACGCAGGUCCAACAAGUAAAAAUGUAGCUAGAUAAACAACCAAAAUUAUGUGGACACCUGCUCGUCGAACAUCUUUCCAAAAUCAUGAGCAUUAAUAUGGAGUUGGUCCCCCCUUUGCUGCUAUAACAGCCUCCACUCUUCUGGGAAGGCUUUCCACUAGAUGUUGGAACAUUGCUCCGUGGACUUGCUUCCAUUCAGCCACGAGCAUUCGUGAGUUUGUUCACUGAUGUUGGGCGAUUAGGCCUGGCUCGCAGUCAGCGUUCCAAUUCAUCCCAAAGUUGUUCGAUGGGGUUGAGGUCAGGGCUCUGUGCAGGCCAGUCAAGUUCUUCCACACCAAUAUCGACAAACCUUUUCUGUAUGGACUUCACUUUGUGCACAGGGACAUUGUCAUGCUGAAACAGGAAAGGGCCUUCCCCAAACUGUUGCCACAAAGUUGGAAGCACAGAAUUGUCUAGAAUGGCAUUGUAUGCUGUAGCGUUGAGAUUUCCCUUCACUGGAACUAAGGGGCCUAGCCCGAACCAUGAAAAACAUCCCCAGACCAUUAUUCCUCCUCCACCAAACUUUACAGUUGGCACUAUGCAUUGGGGCAGGUAGCGUUCUCCUGGCAUCCAUGAAACCCAGAUUUGUCAGUCGGACUGGCAGAUGGUGAAGCGUGAUUCAUCACUCCAGAGAACGCAUUUCCACUGCUCCAGAGUCCAAUGGCGGCGAGCUUUACACCACUCCAGCCGAUGCUUGGCAUUGUGCAUGCUUGUGUGCGGAUGCUCGGUCAUGGAAACCCAUUUCAUGAAGCUCCCGAUGAACAGUUAUUGUGCUGACGUUGCUUCCAGAGGCAGUUUGGAACGCCGUAGUGAGUGUUGCAACCGAGUACAGACGAUAUAUACGCGCUUCAGCACUCGGCAGUCCCAUUCUGUGAGCUUGUGUGGCCUACCACUUCGCGGCUGAGCCGUUGUUGCUCCUAGACGUUUCCACUUCACAAUAACAGCACUUACAGUUGACGGGGGCAACUCUAGCAGGGCAGAAAUUUGACGAACUACUUGUUGGAAGGUGGCAUCCUAUGACGGUGCCACGUUGAAAGUCACUGAGCUCUUCAGUAAGGCAAUUCUACUGCCAAUGUUUAUCUAUGAAGAUUGCAUGGCUGUGUGCUCAAAUUGUUUACACCUGUCAGCAACGGGUGUGGCUGAAAUAACCUAAUACACUAAUUUGAAGGGGUGUCCACAUACUUUUGUAUAUAUAGUGUAGCUAGCCAGCUAGCAUUGCUUUGUUUUUACAGAGACAUAUUUUUUGGGACCAUCUGAUGACCUAACGUGGUGAUUGAUGAACAUGAAUGUCUCUGGUCCUUAUGUUGCAGUCAUGACGCAAGUGGCGCUAUACUGUCAAAUCCUCCCACAUGUUUCUAGUUUGACCAGCUGUUUUCAACAACUGGUAUUUUUUAAUUUGGUUGUAAUAUUGGCAGGUUUGCUAGCAACAAACUAUUUAGCUAGCUUCUAGCCUAGUGUUUGAUAUGCAAUGCAAUCUCCUCGUAAUGAACAGUGUCCGAGUGUCCUGACGAGAAGGCAAACUUUUCUAGCUAUGCCAGGCAAAAUCGGGCAUCAUCAGCUCAUUGUUAUGGAUGUAUCCAAAUGAAUGUAAAUAGAAAACAACUUUUAUUUAGGGGGUAGAUCAGCUUCAAUAUUGCAGAUAGAUUGUAACUUCCAUCAAUGUAAUUGUCUGCAUCACUUCCAAUCCCCCAUGUUUUUUUUCUCAUAUAUAUAUAUAUAUAUAUAUCCUUUAAAAAAUAUAUAUUUCACUUUAUGACUUUCCAACCCCACCACCCCUUCCUUAAUUGGAGCAAAAUAGUGAAAUAGAAAACAACUUAAACAAACACAGAUGCAGCUACUUUGCUGUUAUUCUGGCUGCAGAGGUCGUGACUGUGUUAGCCAUAGCUAGUUGGCUCGCUAGCAAGCAAGGGACAAGAGCAUUGCCAGCAAGCAUGGCAACGGAACAUGUAGAACAAACAACUGAAUCGCAUCCAUAAAUAUCGAACCAAUCUAACGAACGACUGGGUCACGUCUCUAGCAACCAAAAUAUGAGAAGGUAUAUCUUUAUAAAAAUGAAAAUAUAAAUGUUUUUGUUUUUUUUCUACUGGUAAUUGUGUGCUUUAGUAUUGUUUUCUUUGGUAACUGUGGUAUAAAGUUUUCCCGCCGAUCUGAUAUCGACUUAAGUUUGUCAUGGGAUUUUUUUGUUGCUUUAACCCCUGCAGCCCCAAAUACCCCACCUACAAACGUUAGUCAUUAUGACAAAGAUGGGUACCAUAGCUGGCUCCAACCUAACUCCAACCCACCCAUAUCCUCCUCGAGUGAGUGGGUAGUGGGUACAUGCAUACCACAGGAGGUUGGUGGCACCUUUAAUUGGGGAGGAUGGGCUCGUGGCAAUGGCUGGAGCGGAAUUGGUGGAAUGGUAUCAAAUACAUCAAACGCAGGGUUUCCAUGUGUUUGACGCCAUUCUUAAGGCUUCAUUCCAGCCAUUAUUAUGAACCGUCCUCCCCUCAGCAGACUCCACUGAUGCAUACCCUCCACAAACCACCCUUCCUUCUCUCCUCCAAUCCUCUAAAGGUAGGGUGAAGUUUGAACUCCCCCUUCCUCACCUCCCUUCUUUGAUGGCCCCUGUCAAACUCUGGGGCUUUUUGUCUCUCAGAGGUGGAGGUGCAUCAAGAGACUAGAGAGGCGAGAGGAGGAGGGAUGAAGUAGGGGAGGGAGGGAUUUAUCUUGCUAUAUAUUUUGCUAGGCCAGGGUUACUCCCGGUUUAUUGCCAUCCAUCUAUAGUUCUCUUAGAAAGAGAGAGGGAGAGAGAAGGAAGGAGAGUGAGGGGUUCUCCCACUAAAGACUCAAGUACUCGGUCUAGUGUUUUCACAGCUGUGACUAAUCUUUCACAUCUACGCUGUUAAUAAUAAUGGCUGCAUAGUGUGUUUUGUUUGUGUAUGUACAUUACUCUCCUCUCCUCUCCUCUCCUCUCCUCUCCUCUAGCUGGUGAUGGAAUUCUGUGGUGCAGGCUCCAUCACAGACCUGGUGAAGAACACGAAGGGCAACACACUGAAGGAGGACUGGAUCGCCUACAUCUCUCGUGAGAUCCUCAGGGUGAGUUCACAUUUACGCCCUACAAGUUCCCCCUGCUGUGUUAUGCUGGGAUCUGUAGCUUCUUUUUAUUUGUUUAUUUAACCUUUAUUUUGACAGGGAGUCAUGCUGAGACCAAGGUCUUUUACAGAUGAGACCAAGGUCUUUUACAGAUGAGCCCUCUAUCAAACAUACACAUCAAUACAUACAGUGGGGGAAAAAAAGUAUUUAGUCAGCCACCAAUUGUGCAAGUUCUCCCACUUAAAAAGAUGAGAGAGGCCUGUAAUUUUCAUCAUAGGUACACGUCAACUAUGACAGACAAAAUGAGGGAAAAAGAAUCCAGAAAAUCACAUUGUAGGAUUUGUUAUGAAUUUAUUUGCAAAUUAUGGUGGAAAAUAAGUAUUUGGUCAAUAACAAAAGUUUCUCAAUACUUUGUUAUAUACCCUUUGUUGGCAAUGACACAGGUCAAACGUUUUCUGUAAGUCUUCACAAGGUUUUCACACACUGUUGCUGGUAUUUUGGCCCAUUCCUCCAUGCAGAUCUCCUCUAGAGCAGUGAUGUUUUGGGGCUGUCGCUGGGCAACACGGACUUUCAACUCCCUCCAAAGAUGUUCUAUGGGGUUGAGAUCUGGAGACUGGCUAGGCCACUCCAGGACCUUGAAAAGCUUCUUACGAAGCAACUCCUUCGUUGCCCGGGCGGUGUGUUUGGGAUCAUUGUCAUGCUGAAAGACCCAGCCAUGUUUCAUCUUCAAUGCCCUUGCUGAGGGAAGGAGGUUUUCACUCAAAAUCUCACGAUACAUGGCCCCAUUCAUUCUUUCCUUUACACGGAUCAGUCGUCCUGGUCCCUUUGCAGAAAAACUGCCCCAAAGCAUGAUGUUUCCACCCCCAUGCUCACAGUAGGUAUGGUGUUCUUUGGAUGCAACUCAGCAUUCUUUGUCCUCCAAACACGACGAGUUGAGUUUUUACCAAAAAGUUCUAUUUUGGAUUCAUCUGACCAUAUGACAUUCUCCCAAUCCUCUUCUGGAUCAUCCAAAUGCACUCUAGCAAACUUCAGACGGGCCUGGACAUGUAUUGGCUUAAGCAGGGGGACACGUCUGGCACUGCAGGAUUUGAGUCCCUGGCGGCGUAGUGUGUUACUGAUGGUAGGCUUUGUUACUUUGGUCCCAGCUCUCUGCAGAUCAUUCACUAGGUCCCCCCGUGUGGUUCUGUGAUUUUUGCUCACCGUUCUUGUGAUCAUUUUGACCCCACGGGGUGAGAUCUUGCGUGGAGUCUUGUAUGUCUUCCAUUUCCUAAUAAUUGCUCCCACGGUUGAUUUCUUCAAACCAAGCUGCUUACCUAUUGCAGAUUCAGUCUUCCCAGCCUGGUGCAGGUCUACAAUUUUGUUUCUGGUGUCCUUUGACAGCUCUUUGGUCUUGGCCAUAGUGGAGUUUGGAGUGUGACUGUUUGAGGUUGUGGACAGGUGUCUUUUAUACUGAUAACAAGUUCAAACAAGUGCCAUUAAUACAGGUAACGAGUGGAGGACAGAGGAGCCUCUUAAAGAAGAAGUUACAGGUCUGUGAGAGCCAGAAAUCUUGCUUGUUUGUAGGAGACCAAAUACUUAUUUUCCACCAUAAUUUGCAAAUAAAUUCAUUAAAAAUCCUACAAUGUGAUUUUCUGGAAUUUUUUUCCUCAAUUUGUCUGUCAUAGUUGACGUGUACCUAUGAUGAAAAUUACAGGCCUCUCUCAUCUUUUUAAGUGGGAGAACUUGCACAAUUGGUGGCUGACUAAAUACUUUUUUCCCCCACUGUAUAAAUAUACACUACACACAUCAAUUUACACGAAAUGCAAAACACAAUAAUAUAAAACAAACACGUUCUUUAGUAAAAAGUUCCUCAAUCAGCCGCCUGAAUUGCCCUAGAAGCCCCAACUCUUCCUAUUUUAGAGCUUUGGAGAUUAUUCCACAAGUAAGGCUAAAAAACAAUAAAUGACUGUUAUGACUGUGUUUUUCCUCAGGGCUUGGCUCACCUGCACGCCCACCAUGUGAUCCACCGUGACAUCAAGGGUCAGAACGUGCUGCUGACUGAGAACGCAGAGGUCAAACUUGGUGAGUUCACUGGUUUCAAGUGGGCCUGGUUUUAGCUGGGCCUGAUUUGAACUGGGACUACUUUAUUACUGGUUUAAACUGCAUGGGGCUGGUUUGAUAUGUGGGGGUUAAACUAGUUUGAACUGGUUUUGACCGGUCUACUCUCCCCUCCUCCAGUGGACUUUGGUGUGAGCGCCCAGUUGGACCGGACAGUGGGCAGGAGGAACACCUUCAUUGGUACACCCUAUUGGAUGGCACCCGAGGUCAUCGCCUGCGACGAGAACCCAGAUGCCACUUAUGACUACAGAGUAAGAUGCACUCAAAAACACCAUGCUGCUUUCUGUCAGUGUCCAGCGGUGUGUCGAGUUGGUGGAUUGAUAGCUGUUUGCGUUUGUGCCAUUGUAUGUGGCUGUGUAGGCUGAUGGGACAGUACAGUAGCAGGUUGGGGCUGAUGUUGUCAGGACCAGAGAGGGUGGUAAUUACCAUCCUAUAGACGUAUGCAUGCAUAGAUUUACGCACGCACGCACACACACACACACACACACACACACAUACACACACACACACAAUGGUAGCUGUGUCCAUAUCUCUCAUAGUGUGUUUUCUCCUGCAGAGUGACUUGUGGUCCACUGGAAUCACAGCUAUAGAGAUGGCUGAGGGAGCUCCUCGUAAGUACAACCACUCUGUUACUAUUGGACUUCUUUACACUACUAUUUUCCCCAGAGGGGACACUACUAUUUUCCCCAGAGGGCGAACCUGGUUGAAAUGAUGUUUGUUUUCCUCUGUCUGACCUGUGUGUUUGGUCUUCCAGCGCUGUGCGAUAUGCAUCCAAUGAGAGCUCUCUUCCUCAUCCCCAGAAACCCUCCUCCUCGACUCAAGUCAAAGAAAUGGUGUGUGACUAAUCUCUGCCGUUAUGAUUUCAGACAUUUAAGCCACCAUUUUACAAUCCCACUGUGAACAAUGAUACUGGUGAAACUCCUUCAUAGCUCAGCUGACAUCCUCUGGUAGAUACAGCAUAGGCUCAUAAAAGUACCAAAUGGCUCCUCUCCUCAGGUCUAAGAAGUUUUGCAGCUUCAUCGAGGGCUCCCUGGUGAAGAACUACACCCAGCGCCCCCCCACCGACCAGCUGCUGAAACACCCCUUCAUUAGGGACCAGCCCAAUGAGAGGCAGGUCCGCAUCCAACUCAAAGACCACAUCGACCGCACCAAGAAGAAGAGGGGGGAGAAGGGUGAGUCUUAGACAUACUAAUGCACACACACACUUCUCGAAGACCUCUUCUUCAGAAGAUUUUUUCGACUUAAAUGUUCUCACCGUCCCUCUCUUCUCUAGAUGAGACCGAGUAUGAGUACAGCGGGAGUGAGGAAGAGGAGGAGGAAGCUCAGGAGCAGGAGGGGGAGCCCAGGUAACUAACCCACAUGGACCAAUGCCAAAAACUAGCCAACACACCAUAGCUCCAUAGUGCUCGAUACGAACGUAUCUCUUUGUCCUGUAGCUCCAUAGUGAACCAGCCAGGGGAGUCAACCCUGCGUAGGGACUUCAUCCGUCUGCAGCAGGAGAACAAGGAGCGCUCGGAGGCCCUGCGCAGACAGCAGCUCCUGCAGGAGCAGCAGCUCCGGGAGCAGGAGGAGUACAAGCGCCAACUACUGGCAGAGAGGCAGAAACGCAUCGAGCAGCAGAAGGAGCAGAGGAGGAGGCUGGAGGAGGUAUGAAAGAGAGAGUGUCUGUGUGUGUGUUCUCCCUCCCUGUCUAAUGGUGUGUGUUUGUUCCUUUUACUCUGCAGUCUGCACCCAUAAAUGGUGUAUGUGUGCAUAACGUGUGUUUGUGUGUGUGUGUGCUAGAGCAGUCAACACACUCCUCACAGACGUCUCACCCCUCUGUGUUGGGUUUAUAGUAAUGUGUCGUGAUUAGUGUAUUUGUGUGCAGCCUCUGGGCCUCUGGGCUUUGUUCCCUAAUUGGCCUUUAUCUCUCUGAGGAAGACCAGAGGGCUCUGUCUGUCUCUAUCUUAGCCUCUCUGGGAGGCUGGGUCAGAAAGACUUCUUCCUCAUUAGCUACUAGAACAUGCUGGACAGAGAGAGAGAGGCGAAAGCUUCCGGUUGUUUGUUGUUUUAGUCUGCUGAAAACGGCACAGCCAGUUCCAUGACCCAUGCCUUAUAUGCAGUUGUCCCCAUAAUAUGACCAUGUCUGAUGUAUCUGCUUGUAACCUCUUUAAAGACACAUAACCUGUACAACUGAGUCAGAAAAUACAACAGCUGAGUGCUCCUCCUAUGUAGAGUAGUUCAAAAUCACACAUUUUCCCGUAGUUUCCCAUACACAGGGGUUAAAGUUCUCCGUCAUAUGGAUAAUUUUUAUGUUCAGUUUUUUAUUUGUUCGAUUUUUUUGUUUGAUUUCCAAUUGGAAUGUACAAAAUGAUCCUCUUUCCUUAAAAGCAGAUGGUCAUGAAUUUUUUACAUGAACUGGGAGGGUAACUUCGCCCCGCAGACAAUCGAUCCGUGACCGACUUGUUUCAGUCAUGGGAUUUUUUUUGCUUUAACCCCUGCAUACACUUACCCAGAGUUUCCGAUAAAAAUUGACAGCCUCUGGCUUUUUUAUGAUUAAUGAGAAAAUGCGUUAAUGAAUACCGUAGGUUCAGGGAAUCCUCUUGGGCGAGUUGACCAAGGGGCAUGAGAAUGAUAUGCCAUAGUCCAUAUUUAAAGGUUAUAUGGAGACAUGCUUUUUCAUGAUGCAGUCAGGGACCACCACAGGGUACUUAAUGGAACUAGGGACCACAUCCAGUGUCCUGCAGGGCUUACUCUACUGGUGUAGAGCUGCGUAGUGUACUUAGAGAUGAUGUACCGCUUAGGCUGCAAUAAAUCAACGCUGAUUAGCCAACUAAGAAGCCUGCCAGUCAUACUGUCAUUUGAAGUGGUGAUGGUAAGCCUACAGGUAAAACUUGGCACCUCCAUAGUGUAGUCCACCAACCGUGAACCCUGGGAAGUGAGACUAGCACCUCACAUGCUCACAAUAAGAAAUGGUUAGCUUAUCUAAUAAAGGCCAGAUAUUGUGACCAUGAACAAGAGGGCUAGCUAGCUCAGAGUGUUAAUUCAUAGUGAUGUCUGCUCCUGAUGCCUGCUCUCUGUCGCCCUCUGUGGUCGUCCACAGCAACAGCGUCGUGAGCGGGAGAUGAGGAGGCAGCAGGAGCGCGAGCAGCGUCGCCGCGAGCAGGAUGACAAGAGGCGCAUGGAGGAGGUUGAACGCCGGCGUAAAGAGGAGGAGGAGCGCAGGAGGGCUGAGGAGGAGAAGAGGAGGGCUGACCGGGAGCAGGUAGGAGAACUCUCCAUCGACAACAGUUUCUUUCAUGGUACUUGUAGUCUUCCCCUGACACUUGCUGUGUGUGUGGUUUGAUUGACAGGAGUACAUCCGUCGCCAGCUGGAGGAGGAGCAGAGGCACUUGGAGAUCCUGCAGCAGCAGCUACUCCAUGAACAGGCCAUGCUACUGGUGAGACCGAACUCUGUAAGCCUAUCUAGGUUCUUCUAUCCAUCUAUACAUCUCCCAUUAUCCAUCUGUUCUUCUAGCCUUCUACACUGCUCAAAAAAAUUAAGGGAACACUUAAACAACACAUCCUAGAUCUGAAUGAAUGAAAUAAUCUUAUUAAAUACUUUUUUCUUUACAUAGUUGAAUGUGCUGACAACAAAAUCACACAAAAAUUAUCAAUGGAAAUCAAAUUUAUCAACCCAUGGAGGUCUGGAUUUGGAGUCACCCUCAAAAUUAAAUUGGAAAACCACACUACAGGCUGAUCCAACUUUGAUGUAAUGUCCUUAAAACAAGUCAAAGUUAGGCUCAGUAGUGUGUGUGGCCUCCACGUGCCUGUAUGACCUCCCUACAACGCCUGGGCAUGCUCCUGAUGAGGUGGCAGAUGGUCUCCUGAGGGAUCUCCUCCCAGACCUGGACUAAAGCAUCCGCCAAUUCCUGGACAGUCUGUGGUGCAACGUGGUGUUGGUGGAAGGAGCGAGACAUGAUGUCCCAGAUGUGCUCAAUUGGAUUCAGGUCUGGGGAACGGGCGGGCCAGUCCAUAGCAUCAAUGCCUUCCUCUUGCAGGAACUGCUGACACACUCCAGCCACAUGAGGUCUAGCAUUGUCUUGCAUUAGGAGGAACCCAGGGCCAACCGCACCAGCAUAUGGUCUCACAAGGGGUCUGAGGAUCUCAUCUCGGUACCUAAUGGCAGUCAGGCUACCUCUGGCGAGCACAUGGAGGGCUGUGCGCCCCCCAAAGAAAUGCCACCCCACACCAUGACUGACCCACCGCCAAACCGGUUAUGCUGGAGGAUGUUGCAGGCAGCAGAACGUUCUCCACGGCGUCUCCAGACUCUGUCAUGUCUGUCACGUGCUCAGUGUGAACCUGCUUUCAUCUGUGAAGAGCACAGGGCGCCAGUGGCGAAUUUGCCAAUCUUGGUGUUCUCUGGCAAAUGCCAAACGUCCUGCACAACCCCCACCUGUGGACGUCGGGCCCUCAUACCACCCUCAUGGAGUCUGUUUCUGACUGUUUGAGCAGACACAUGCACAUUUGUGGCCUGCUGGAGGUCAUUUUGCAGGGCUCUGGCAGUGCUCCUCCUGCUCCUCCUUGCACAAAGGCGGAGGUAGCGGUCCUGCUGCUGGGUUGUUGCCCUCCUACGGCCUCCUCCACGUCUCCUGAUGUACUGGCCUGUCUCCUGGUAGCGCCUCCAUGCUCUGGACACUACGCUGACAGACACAGCAAACCUUCUUGCCACAGCUUGCAUUGAUGUGCCAUCCUGGAUGAGCUGCACUACCUGAGCCACUUGUGUGGGUUGUAGACUCCGUCUCAUGCUACCACUAGAGUGAAAGCACCGCCAGCAUUCAAAAGUGACCAAAACAUCAGCCAGGAAGCAUAGGAACUGAGAAGUGGUCUGUGGUCACCACCUGCAGAACCACUUCUUUAUUGGGGGUGUCUUGCUAAUUGCCUAUAAUUUCCACCUGUUGUCUAUUCCAUUUGCACAACAGCAUGUGACAUUUAUUGUCAAUCAGUGUUGCUUCCUAAGUGGACAGUUUGAUUUCACAGAAUUGUGAUUGACUUGGAGUUACAUUGUGUUGUUUAAGUGUUCCCUUUAUUUUUUUGAGCAGUGUAUAUAUCUCCCAUUAUCCAUCUGUUCUUCUAGCCUUCUAUAUAGCUCCCAUUAUCUAUCUGUUCUUCUAGCCUUCUAUAUAUCUCCCAUUAUCCAUCUGUUCUUCUAGCCUUCUAUAUAUCUCCCAUUAUCCAUCUGUUCUUCUAGCUUUCUAUAUAUCUCCCAUUAUCCAUCUGUUCUUCUAGCCUUCUAUAUAGCUCCCAUUAUCCAUCUGUUCUUCUAGCCUUCUAUAUAGCUCCCAUUAUCCAUCUGUUCUUCUAGCCUUCUAUAUAGCUCCCAUUAUCCAUCUGUUCUUCUAGCCUUCUAAGUCAGUGGUUUGCAAUCUAUGGGUUUCGCUCCGUAGUAGGGUGUUGAAGAAUGGCUAGCAAGUUUUUGAUUUAUUGAAGUCACAAUCUACUCUUAAAAUCUAGUUAGAGUGUAUCACAGUAUAUCUAAAUGGAGCUAACUGUUGAGGUUGGAGUUUAUUCAUUCUCUGGGCCAAGUUGGGGAAGCCAGAAUGUUUAUUACAGUCCUUAAGUGAGGAUGUCACCAGGAUGUGGGAGUGUCCUACCUACAGGAAGAGAAGGUUUUCAUUGUUUCUCUACCAAUGUUCCUAACUCUGUUGAGACAGUGUGUUGUUAGCGGAUCUGCGUGGCAAUGUGUUAAUACUGUGUAUGUUGUUGAAGGCCUCUGUUCCUCCAGGGGUUUGACGAGGACAUUAGAUAACGUGAGGAUAUGAUCACCCACAUCCCUCCAACUUCACACCACCAUUGCUUGUCAUCGUUUCUCUCUCUCACCCAAUGUCUUACUGUCUCCCUCAUGUCUUCUUACGCAUCAUCAGCUUUUAGCUCAGUCAUUUUUCCUUUACAUUUGAAACCAAUAUUUGGCCUAUAUUGUAAUAGUAAAUAUUUUCAAAGCAUUCAAACACUUACAAUAAUUGGGUCCCAGUCAAAAUACAAACCCACUCCACAUUUCCCUAGUUACAUGGAUACAGCUUGUACCAUUAAGACACCAGCCCUCAUUUAUACAGAACUCCUUCAAAUAGAACAGCACACACCAUGCUUUAGUGGGGGAGGGGGGGGGCGGCGGCAAGUUUAGAUGAUGAUGCACCACCACGCCUCCCUGCACUCAGGAGAACAAGUGUUGGGAGCUGGAGGAGCAGCUACAGCAGAAGUAGACUUACCUACUGCUCCUCCAACAGCAGCCAAAACCCCUGCAGCCAGCCACCAACAGGUCUCAGUCCCCACAACUACUACUGAUCCAAGAGAGGACCAAGUCCCCACAACUACUGAUCCAAGAGAGGACCAAGUCCCCACAACUACUGAUCCAAGAGAGGACCAAGUCCCCACAACUACUGAUCCAAGAGAGGACCAAGUCCCACAACUACUAUUGAUCCAAGAGAGGACCAAGUCCCACAACUACUAUUGAUCCAAGAAAGGACCAAGUCCCACAACUACUAUUGAUCCAAGAGAGGACCAAGUCCCACAACUACUAUUGAUCCAAGAGAGGACCAAGUCCCCACAACUACUAUUGAUCCAAGAGAGGACAAAUUCCCCACAACAACUAUUGAUCCAGGAGAGGACAAAUUCCCCACAACAACUAUUGAUCCAGGAGAGGACCAAGUCCCCACAACAACUAUUGAUCCAGGAGAGGACCAAGUCCCCACAACAACUAUUGAUCCAGGAGAGGACCAAGUCCCCACAACAACUAUUGAUCCAGGAGAGGACCAAGUCCCCACAACAACUAUUGAUCCAGGAGAGGACCAAGUCCCCACAACAACUAUUGAUCCAGGAGAGGACCAAGUCCCCACAACAGCUAUUGAUCCAGGAGAGGACCAAGUCCCCACAGCUAUUGAUCCAGGAGAGGACCAAGUCCCCACAACAACUAUUGAUCCAGGAGAGGACCAAGUCCCCACAGCUGUUGAUCCAGGAGAGGACCAAGUCCCCACAGCUGUUGAUCCAGGAGAGGACCAAGUCCCCACAGCUGUUGAUCCAGGAGAGGACCAAGUCCCCACAGCUGUUGAUCCAGGAGAGGACCAAGUCCCCACAGCUGUUGAUCCAGGAGAGGACCAAGUCCCCACAGCUGUUGAUCCAGGAGAGGACUAAGUCCCCACAGACUCCUGACCCCAAGGCCCCACCCCUGAGCCAAUUGGAGAGGUGAACCCAAGCUUCAUUGCCAUGACGCUGCUGUCGAAUGCUGCUUUUGCUUGUGCUGCUGUUGUAGUCAUAAACUGCUGUAGGGUGUGUGUCUUUUAUGUGGGGUGUGUGGCUUGAUUUCUGGUGUGAGGGACUUUCACUUUAGUGGUCAUAUUACUAUUCCUGCUCAGGAUGAGACCUCUAUAGAAACUACAGAUACAGCCCUGGGAAAAUGCAUGUCCAAGCUACCUACCCAUAUCCUUUCUACAUUCAGAUGGCAAUAUAUUAGCUUUUCACCAAUCUGUCCAAUCAAGUGUGUUUGGGUUUUGUUGUCAAAUGGAGACCCCUGUUGUCAGGUGGAAAUACAGCAUCUUGGAAAAAUUAAAACUCUUCUUUAUAUUUGUAUCCUCUUCAAAAUAAAUGAUUAUGAACAUAAAACAUUAAAGGCCCAGUGCAGUCAAAAACGUGAUUUUCCUGUGUUUUAUAUAUAUUUCCAUACUAUGAGGUUGGAAUAAUACUGUGAAAUUGUGAAAAUGAUGAGAAUGCCCCUUUAGUGUAACUGGUAAUGCAAAAGACCACCUGAAAUUUCUGCCUGUUUUGGUGGGAUGGAGUUUUGGCCUGCCUGGUGACAUCAACGGGCGGUAAAUUAGUUAAUAGACCAAUAACCUCUCUGCCAAUAACAGCUCGUUUUCAGUUUUCCUCAGACCACUCCCAGACAGUCGUAGCAAAAUUCUUGCUUGAGAAAUUGCUCUUUGCUAAGAAGCUGUUUUAUUUCUGUUUGACCAUUUUAAUUGAAAAAAAAUCACACUAAGGUACUUAAUUGUUACCCAGAAAUGAUUUUAUAUUGAGAUAAAAACGGCUGCAUGGGACCUUUUUUAAGCUGUGCUUUGUCAGUCAAUGAUUGCCACAUUUUCCUAACAGACUUAAAGAUUAAGUAAGGAUUAUGUGGACAGUGGUUCCGUUUUGCGAGGGAGGUGUAAUUAGCGUAGCUGUCUCUCUCCUAGAGCUAAUGUCCCAGUCUGAUAGAGGCGGCUCAUUAGGCCUCGCUCUGCUGUGUGUCCCUGGUUCUACCCUCUACUGGCCUGGCCUGCUGCUCUCAUUAUUACCUGGAGGGACAGAGUCUGGGUGACAGGGAGGACAUACAAGGCAGGAGACUAGAGUCUGGGUUUUGUCAGUUGAAUAGGUCAAACUAAUCUCUCUCUUCUAUCCUCGGGUGCAAUACUAAAUAGGUUUUGUUUUGUUGACUGUCUUCUGCCAGCAGGCCCCCCCUCUGAUACACUGUUUUGAUACAUGAUGAACAGCCCUCUCCUGAGUUCAUCAUGUCAUAAUAAUUCUGUCUGGUUGUCAUGUUGUGGUAAUGGUAUGUAGUCCCUGCUGGUGUGCCUGUUCUACUAGAUAUUUCUCUGCUAUACAGCUGACACCAACAUGGUGGUUCUAACUGAUCUUACUACUGACCCUCCCACUACUGCUGUGGCUCGAUCCUCUUUGUCCUGAUGAAGGUUAAUGACUCUGUCCCUCUCUCUGUCCCUCCAGGCCGAUGAGAGGUACCGUAAGAACAUCCAAGGUUCUCCUCAGGCCGCCCAGGUUAAGGUUCAGCCCCCGGUUCCUCCCCGUGCCGCCGAGACCAUUGCCAACGGAAAUGCCCCCAUGGCUGUCCCGCCUGCCAAGCAAAGGCCCAUGGAACCCCAGGUAACCACAACAACCAAGAUGGCUGACCGCCAGUUGCUUAUUCCUCCUUCCGCUACGACGCCCUUUUCUGAAGUCUUUUUCCAAUCCCUUCUUCCUUCAAGGUAGUUCUAACAGGGUGGUCUCUCUCUCUCUCUUGCGCUCUCGCUCUCUCUCCGGGUUGUGUAUCUGCAGUAGUGGUGUCUUACUAGCUACAGUAGAUGACUGUUCUUGUGUUUACUAUCUCUUCCCCCUCGCUAACUCUCUUCUAGCCUCUGUUCUAGCUGAAUUCUUUCACAGUGUGGAGAAAUGUGGGUGUUGUUCUCUGUCUCUUACUGACGACAUAGUUCACCUUUCUAGUCCCUUAAUAGGUACCUCCAUCGUCUUUGCUACUUCCCCGGGUGACAGCCUAUCCUCCACCACUGUGUUAGUAUGAGGUCCAGGCUGCUUGCUUCUAUUCUGGCCACUUAUUGCUCAAUACCAGCUUCACACACUCGCUCUACCUCUGACUGCCUUCUCUAUUGUGUGUGUGUGUGUGUGUGUGUGCAUUGCCAGGUUGGUGACUCCUUUAUAAAGGUAGAGCUGCUACAUGUACAUCUUGACUGUGUGUUAAACAACACAAACACAUCCAUAAUUCAUCUUUCUGUUUUCACAGUGACUCAGUAUAUUACUCAUCUCAUCUGCUCAGAGACUCAACCAACCCAGCGUGAAUACAGUCAUUAAUGUCACAGGGCACCAUUCAGGGCACCGUUCUGUUUUUGGAUAAUGUCAUGGUAAUUAGAUGUAACAGUGUGUAAUUUGGUGAUGAUGAUCAUGUAACUGAUUGCUACAUGGUUUAGCAGAGCCAUUAAAUGCAUUAGUCACUUUUCUCUCGUUAGUGACACGUCAUUAGAGACAGAUAUGAGGUGUGUUGGGCUUGUUACAGAAUACUUAUUUGUUGAGUGAUAAAUCUCUUUGGGGUUUCCUGUCUGAGCGCUUCUCAGUACAGAUUUGAAAGGAAUUGGAAAGGGAAUAAAUUCAGUUAUAAACCUAGUAUGGAUAUGUUCCUAUUGGAUUAUACUCUUCUCAGUUACUUGUACCAGAAAAAGUAUCCUUGAAUGUGUGCAUGCCAUUAUGUGAGUGUGGAUGUGUGUGUUUGUGUCUAACUUUCUAUGCAUGAUGCAAGCUGAUCUGUGUAUGCCUUGUUUAUGUGAUCCAUGCUCAUUCUCACAACUGGUGAUGAGACUGAGACUGAAGCGUCAUGAGCAUCAAAACAGGUGGAGCUGUCAUUGGCUGUCUGUGAUGUGAACCAAUCAAAUGGUUCAUCUGACUUCCCAUUGGUCUCAAGACAACUCCUCCCAUUUUGAUGCUUCCUGAAGCUUCAGUAUCCAAUCACUGUAUGUGUCCUCCCCCUCUGACACCCCCCGUCUGUCUCUGUCUCUGGAAGGUCCAGUGGUCCCACCUGGCCGCUCUAAAGAGCAGCAGCGCCGCUCCCCCCAUCGUCCCUAGCUUUGCACACCUCCACCUGUGCUCUCAGGAGCAGCACCAUCACCCUGCACCUUCAUCAUCACCUUCAUCAUCACCCGCACGCACUGACCCGCAGCCCAACCCCCAGCCCAAGGGCCUGCCCCUCGAGAAGGCCCCCACAGACGACACCCCUCCCAGGGUAAGAUCGGCCCAUCCCCUGGCAAAGGCGGGUAGACUGGUAGUCAUUAGACAGCUUUACUAGGAAGUCUGAACUGUAGACCAGUAUACUAGUAGUCACUAGAUGGCCAUGCUGGAGAGGACAACAUUGGAGUGAAUGAGCAGAGUGACAUUUGUCUUAGUAACAGUUGUAAGACAGAGCGACCUCCUCCUCACCCUGGCCUGCUGAGAGGAUUCAGAGAGAGCAGUACGUUAUGAAAGGAUUAGAGGCUCGUUCUCUGUUCUCUAUUCCCCCUCUGUCUCUCCUCUCAGAACCCUCCCUUGUUCAGCCUCCCAGACCUCCGUAGCCGACUGAUGUAAAAAUACCAGAGAAAGAAAGCUGCAGCAGCAAUCACUCGACAGCUGAGUGCUUUUGCAUCUCAGCAUUUUAGAGAUGCUCCCAAAUCAAUGGGACGCUGGAGGCUGUCACAAAUAAAGGGUAGGAUUCAGGCUGUUAGAAACUUUCUCCAAGGAAAAUAUUCCUCAUGUUGAAAUUGUGACGUUAGCACUUUAUUUGCCCCCCAUCUGCACAAAUACGAGGUGGAAUUAUUGUCCUCUCUUCACAUAGGACCUACCUAUCAAACAUCACUUCCUCUUCUUUGGUGAGGUAUGAGUAUGUCAUUUCCUGUUCUGCUCCCUCCUUCCUGUGUAAGCCUCUGGUAGUGUCUCAUAUCAAUGUCAGUGUUAGUUAGCAUUCCAUCUGAAUGGAGUGUCUGUUUGUUCCGCCCUGCUUUGCUUUGGAUGCUGCCCCCUGUUCCUUCUCAAGCUGUUCUCCCUCCUGUCCCCUGGAAACGAAAGAGAAAUGCUGAAAUCUAUAAUAUAACUUUACAGCUGUUUUUGUGUUAAGCCACCCCACUGAAAGAGAGAGUUAGGUCUGACACAGCAAAAGACAGCAUUAUAUCCACACACUUCCCUUAUCAACCCCUGUGCGCGGGCGCGCAGCUCCCCGGGACUGCCGCGCAGAAGAAAUAUCACUGCGCUCAGAGAAGCACGAGAUUGAACUUCACUCAAGUUUUCCCCGUUAGUUAACGUUUCCCUUUACUGUGGGAAUUGUGAUCAAAUCAAUGCAAUAUUAGCCACUUUCAAUGCAACAUACCGAAACAAAACAAACUAUGCAAGAGAUUUUGUUGUAGGCAGAACGCAUCGGAGUAGGAUUCUAUUGCAUUGACAGGCACGACUCUACACAACUUGUGCACCAUAACCAAUCAGAGCUGCAGUAGGCCUAUAUGCAAAAAGACCAUUGCCAUAUAUGUAUCUGUGCCAUUCACUUUUAACUAUUUUUACAGCAUGAGUGGUUGUGAGUAGAUGCACUUGUUUUGAGAUGAAAGCGAGAACUACAUGUAGCGACGUGUGCACAUUUGUACAUUUGUUCAUAUCCUUAGUGAGUUAUUAGCCCAGUUAUAGCUAAUUUGUAGUCAGCAAUGGGGGAGUGAUUGCUUCCUACAAGAGCACAAAUCGUGUGCAUUUCUAGACAUCUUUGAAAAGCAAGUCAGCUAAAGAGCAUUUUUUUGUCUUGAAGGGGGCAGUGUUUUAUUUUGAGACAGGCUUGAAUAAGCUAAGUAGGCAGAGGGUAGCAUAAUUUGUCUGAUUCACUGUAAUACUGUUAUGGGAUUAAUGAUGCAUUUUAUUUUGUGAAGUGGUUUCUUACAACACAACAACAUUUUCAGUCACCUCCUUGUCUGAAGGACAAGUGGAUAAAAAGGGUAAUGUCAAGCCCUGCAUGUUUUUUUUCCGAAAGUCUCAUGGAAUGUAGGCCUACAUUGAACACCACACAUUGGCUGCUACUGUAGGCUGAACGAUAGAACAGCAAUUUCCAUGUAAAAAUGUUAUGGGAUGCAUUUUCUCCAUUGAUUUCUAUUGUAGGCCACUCUGGUAGGCCUACAUUAUGAUCAAAUAGCCACAGUAGCCUACUUGACCACUGUUAAAAUUAACUUAAAGCAGGUACAGCCUUGGUGUUAACAGUAAAAGCGCGCCGGAAGUUGCCCAGAAUUUUCACAACGUUCAAGUUUGCGCUCAGCAGAACUGACAUUUGCUCAGUGAUGAAUUUUCUUUGGAGGGAACAUUGGUGUGGAUAUAAUGCUGUCUUUUGCUGUGUCAGACCGAACUCUCUUUCAGUGGUUUGGCUUUACGCAGUGUGAGUAUGCGGGGACAUAGUUUGGACAUUUGUAGAAACGUUGUGGGGACUUGGUAGGGACGUCUUAACAGUGUGUGUCUAGCUUUUGUGCUCCUGGCACCCCUAUGUCACACACUGUUGUACACAUACGCACUCCGAGAGUGUGUAUGUGCCCGUAGAGUGUGUUUGUGAGCAGUCAUAUGUAUGUGUGGAAGGUUCCUGUGAGGACAACGUCCAGGUCUCCAGUACUGUCACGCAGGGACUCCCCUCUCCAUGGCAACUCCAAUGCCACGCCUAGCAACCCGGCGGGCCAGAGGAACGCCUACAGGUACCUUUUCACGUCUCUCCAUUUAUCUUUUUCUCUGUCUCGUUUUCUUUCUUUCUCUCUUUCAAUCUGUCUUUUUUGCUUUAUUUUGUUGUCACUGUCUCUCCCUCCGUCUGUCCCUCUGUUCACCACUCCACCAUCUCCUCUUCUAUUUGGGUUUUCAGUACUGGGUGGCAGGUAGUCUAGCGGUUAAGAGCGUUGGGCCAGUAACCGAAAGGUCACUGGUUCGAAUCCCUGAGCAAAGAAAUCUGCCGUUCUGCCCUUGAGCAAGGCAGUUAACCCAUAACAACUGCUCCCCAGGCGCCGAUGAUGUGGACGUCAAUUAAGGCAGUCCCCCGCACCUCUCUGAUUCAGGGAGGUUGAGUUAAAUGCAGAAGACACAUUUCGGUUGAAUGCAUUUCAUGUGCAACUGACUAGGUAUCCCCUUUCCCUAAUGUAAAACCUCUCCACUUCCCUUCUUAGCAUGCUUAGCUUCAUCUCCUGUGAGACUUUGUGUCUAUGGAAAUGUAUGUGUGUCUCUUUAUGGGUCUGUCUAUUAAUAUGUACAGUAUGUAUUUGUAUGUCUAUAUGUAAAGAAUGUGUGUGUAUGUAAAGUAUGUGUCUACACUCAGUGGCUAGUUUAUUAGGUACACCCAUCUAGUACCGGGUUGGACACCCCUUUGCCUCCAGAACAGCCUGAAUUCUUCGGGGCGUGGAAACGUUGCUCGAUUGGUAUCAAGGGACCUAAUGUGUGCCAAGAAAACAUUGCCCACACCAUUACACCACUGUCACCAGCCAGUACCGUUGACACCUGUCAGGAUGGGGCCAUGUACUCCUGACUACCAUCAGCAUGACUCAACAGGAACCGGGAUUUGUCGGACCAGGCAAUGUUUUUCCACUCUUCAAUUGUCAAGUGUUGGUGAUCGCAUGCCCACUGGAGUUGCUUCUUCUUGUUUUUAGCUGAUAGGAGUGGAACGUAGUGUGGUCGUCUGCUGCAAUAGCCCAUCCGUGAUAAGGACUGACGAGUUGUGCGUUCCGAGAUGCCGUUCUGCAUACUAUUAUUGUACUGUGCCGUUAUUUGCCUGUUUAUGGCCCGCCUGUUAGAUUGCACGAUUGCCAUUCUCCUUCGACCUCUCGACAAGCUGUUUUCGCCCACAGGACUGCCGCUGACUGGAUGUUUUUUGUUUGUCACACCAUUCUCUGUAAACCCUAGACGCUGUCGUGCGUGAAAAGCCCAGGAGGCCGGCCGUUUCUGAGAUACUGGAACCGGCGCUCCUGUCACCGAUCAUACCACACUCAGUCGCUUAGGUCACUCGUUUUACCCAUUCUAACGUUCAAUCGAACAGUAACUGAAUGCCUCGAUGCCGGUCUGCCUGCUUUAUAUAGCAAGCCACAGCUACCUGACUCACUGUCUGUAGGAGUGAUCGGGAUGGUGUACCUAAUAAACUGACCACUGAGUAUAUGUAAAGUAUGUGUGUCUAUACAGAAUGUAAAGUAUGUGUGUCUAUACAGUAUGUCAAGUUUGUCUAUACAGGAUGUAAAGUUUGACUGCCUCGCCUGGUUCACCAACUACUUCUCAGAUAGAGUUCAGUGUGUCAAAUCGGAGGGCCUGUUGUCUGGACCUAUGGCAGUCUCUAUGGGGGUGCCACAGGGUUCAAUUCUUGGGCCGACACUUUUCUCCGUGUAUAUCAAUGAUGUCGCUCUUGCUGCUGGUGACUCUCAGAUCCACCUCUACGCAGACGACACCAUUUUGUAUACAUCUGGCCCUUCAUUGGACACUGUGUUAACAAACCUCCAAACGAGCUUCAAUGCCAUACAACACUCCUUCAGUAGCCUCCAACUGCUCUUAAACACUAGUAAAACUAAAUGCAUGCUUUUCAAUCGAACGCUGCUGGCACCCGCCCACCCGACUAGAAUCACCACUCUUGACGGGUCUGACCUAGAGUAUGUGGACAACUACAAAUACCUAGGUGUCUGGUUAGACUGUAAACUCUCCUUCCAGACUCACAUAAAGAAUCUCCAAUCCAAAGUUAAAUCUAGAAUCGGCUUCCUAUUUCGCAACAAAGCCUCCUUCACUCAUGCUGCCAAACAUGCCCUCGUAAAACUGACUAUCCUACCGAUCCUUGACUUCGGCGAUGUCAUUUACAAAAUAGCCUCCAACACUCUACUCAGCAAAUUGGAUGUAGUCUAUCACAGUGCCAUCCGUUUUGUCUCCAAAGCCCCAUACGCUACCCACCACUGUGACCUGUACGCUCUUGUUGGCUGGUCCUCACUACAUGUUCGUCGUCAAACCCACUGGCUCCAGGCCAUCUAUAAAUCACUGCUAGGCAAAUCCCCGCCUUAUCUUAGCUCAUUGGUCACCAUAGCAGCACCCACCCGUAGUCUGCGCUCCAGCAGGUAUAUCUCACUGGUCAUUCCCAAAGCCAACACCUCCUUUGGCCGCCAUUCCUUCCAGUUCUCUACUGCCAAUGACUGGAACGAAUUGCAAAAAUCUCUGAAGCUGGAGACUCUUAUCUCCCUCACUAACUUUAAGCAUCAGUUGUCAGAGCACCUUACCGAUCACUGCACCUGUACACAGCCCAUCUGAAAUUAGCCCACCCAACUACCUCAUCCCUAUAUUGUUAUUUAUUUUGCUCUUUUGCACCCCAGUAUCUCUAUUUGCACAUAAUCUCUUGCACAUCUAGCAUUCCAGUGUUAAUACUAUUGUAAUUAUUUUGCACUAUAGCCUAUUUAUUGCCUUACCUCCAUAACUUGCUACAUUUGCACACACUGUAUAUAUAUUUUCUGUUGUAUUUUUGACUUUAUGUUUUUUACCCCAUAUGUAACUCUGUGUUGUUUUUAUCGCACUGCUUUGCUUUAUCUUGGCCAGGUCACAGUUGUAAAUGAGAACUUGUUCUCAACUGGCUUACCUGGUUAAAUAAAGGUGAAAUAAAAAAUAAAAAAAUAAAAAAAAUGUGUGUCUAUACUAUAACAACCCCUCUCUGUUUCUCUCCACAGUGCUGCAGCGGAGCCACGUCUGCUGUGGGAGCGGGUGGAGAAACUGGUUCCCAGGCCAGCCAGUGGCAGUGGUAGUACUGGCAGCUCCUCUGGCUCCAGUAACUCCAGCUCCCAGCCCAGCUCUCACAGCGGCUCAGGGGAGAGGUUCAGAGCCCGCUGUGAGUCUGAUAUUCCCCUGAUACACACACGCAUUCAUAGUCUCACGCAUAGUUUCUUAUAUGCACACUCUCAAGACACCCACACACACACAUAACCACUGUUUACAAAGUACUCACAUUUACAUUUACAAUUAAAUUCGUGGCACAAUUCUCCACAUAGCUCUUCAAUUUACUGACCGGUAUCCCCCAUUGUCCCCCUCUCAGCCUCGUCAAAGUCUGAGGGUAAUCCCCUCCAACGUCCAGAGCAUGCUGGGAAAAAACCUGAGGAGAGGAAGGAGUUGGUCAGACCUAACCGACUGGCGGUGAGACCUUACCCCCGUGAAACUAGUGGACUAGCUGACUAGCCAACUAGUUUACUAGCUAGUGUACUAACUAGUGUUGAACUACACUAAGUGACAGUGACACUUCAGAAAGCGGUGGAAUUAACAGUUUUGAGUGGGAAUGAUGGUUUUACAAUAAUCUGACAUAGUUAUUUUUGUGUGUGUGUGUGUUUCGCCCUCUGCGCUGUGGAUUACCGGUACUCGUGAAUUCUGUAGGGGGAAGUGGUAAGCUGGAAUGAAAUGGAGUGGGUAUUUGUACUGACGAUCUCAUUGGCUGAAGGGUUCUGUACUAAUGGCUUGCCUCUCUCCUGAUUGGUGCUAUUUUACUCAUGUUCCUUUUAAUCUCAUCCCCUCAUACUUGUUAUAUUUCUUUCUAUUGGAUCAUUCAAUCACUCACAUACUUGCAGCCCCUUCCUUCCUUGAAUGCUCGGGUCUGGUCAUCUGAUGGACUCACUAACCUCUUCCAGCCUUGUGGACACAUUGGCAGUAUGGCAGCAGUGUAUGUACUUACUCAUCAAUUUUCUCAUAUCCUAUUGGCUUUGCUACUCACCGGCCGGCUCUUCAUUGGCUGGCGCACCUGUGACCUCACUUCUUCCCCCAGCAGCUUCCUGUCUCCUGCAUUUAACCCUGCGAGUGACCUGGCAACAAAUCCACAACCCGGAAAGAGAGCUAAAAAAGAGAGGGAGAGCAAGACUGAAAGGGAUGGAAACAUAGUUUGACCUCUGACCCCCCCCCCCCCCCCCCCCCCUUCCUAGGACCUGACAGCGCUGGCCAAAGAGCUGCGUGCGGUGGAGGACGUGCCACGUCCCCACAAGGUGACAGACUACUCCUCAUCCAGUGAGGAGUCGGGGACCACGGAUGAGGAUGAGGAUGAUGAAGAGGUGGACCAGGAGGGAGGGGAGGAGUCUACAUCAGGACCAGAGGACUCUCGCGCUGUGUAUGUAGAGGAGGACACCUGAACCCUAACCCCUAACCCUUCUCACAAUGAGUACGGUUACAUGCACACAAUAAUAUAAGUAUUGUGAAUAGUCAGGAUAAUAUAAUAGUUUGAUUUAAACGUUAACAUGCUUUGCAAGUAGAACGAUUUCCCUAAUAAUCCUGUUUACAUGGACAGAUCUGAAAACAGGCUACCUGAUGGGACUGUGAUAAAUGCCCAAAAUCGCCAAUCAAAAUAAACAUUCUACCACAGCGACCAUGUUAUUUUUGGGGAAACUAUUUGAUUCUGAGUUCCGACAUAUUCAUGUGUGUAUGUGAAAACUAUUUAUAAGAUGCAUACUUUGUUUUUCCGAACUCGUGCUAGCACAUGCACAGAUCAAAUACACCGCUGUAACUCUGAUUAAGGCAUUUACAUGUCAUAAUAAUUCGAGACCAGGUGUUUUAAUCGUUGUAUGCUUACUUGGAUUAUGACCUCACGCUGAUUUAAGAUGAGCAGAGUUAGGUGUUUACAUGACUAUUGCCAUACUCGGCCUAGUGCUAUGAUCAGUUUAAUAUCAAAUUAUUAGUGUGCAUUUAAACGUACUCAAUUACAUCAUAUUGCAAUGACAUUUGAGCUUGUGAUUGCAGUGAAGGAAAAGUCAUGUCAUUAUAACUAGGACUGGGAAUUGCCAGGGACCUCAAGAUACGAUAAUAUUACCAUACUUCGGUGCCAAUAUGAUAUGUAUUACAAUUCUACAUGUAUUGAGAUUCGAUGUUCUAAACCAUACGUCUGCUGCAGAGAGACGAAGGAGCCAUGAGAAAACAAGGUUUGAGCAGUCAUGGAAAUAAGUGCUAAAAACGAAUUGGCUCCCUAAAAGAAAAAGGAGAACAAGCUACACGUACAGUGGGGAAAAAAAAGUAUUUAGUCAGCCACCAAUUGUGCAAGUUCUCCCACUUAAAAAGAUGAGAGAGGCCUGUAAUUUUCAUCAUAGGUACACGAGAAAAAAAAUUCCAGAAAAUCACAUUGUAGGAUUUUUUAUGAAUUUAUUUGCAAAUUAUGGUGGAAAAUAAGUAUUUGGUCAAUAACAAAAGUUUCUCAAUACUUUGUUAUAUACCCUUUGUUGGCAAUGACACAGGUCAAACGUUUUCUGUAAGUCUUCACAAGGUUUUCACACACUGUUGCUGGUAUUUUGGCCCAUUCCUCCAUGCAGAUCUCCUCUAGAGCAGUGAUGUUUUGGGGCUGUCGCUGGGCAACACGGACUUUCAACUCCCUCCAAAGAUUUUCUAUGGGGUUGAGAUCUGCAGACUGGCUAGGCCACUCCAGGACCUUAAAAUGCUUCUUACGAAGCCCCUCCUUCGUUGCCCGGGCGGUGUGUUUGGGAUCAUUGUCAUGCUGAAAGACCCAGCCACGUUUCAUCUUCAAUGCCCUUGCUGAUGGAAGGUGGUUUUCACUCAAAAUCUCACGAUACAUGGCCCCAUUCAUUCUUUCCUUUACACGGAUCAGUCGUCCUGGUCCCUUUGCAGAAAAACAGCCCCAAAGCAUGAUGUUUCCACCCCCAUGCUUCACAGUAGGUAUUGUAAUGAUGUAAAAAAAUAAAUAAUGUAUGGUGUUCUUUGGAUGCAACUCAGCAUUCUUUGUCCUCCAAACACGACGAGUUGAGUUUUUACCAAAAAGUUCUAUUUUGGUUUCAUCUGACCAUAUGACAUUCUCCCAAUCCUCUUCUGGAUCAUCCAAAUGCACUCUAGCAAACUUCAGACGGGCCUGGACAUGUACUGGCUUAAGCUAGGGGACACGUCUGGCACUGCAGGAUUUGAGUCCCUGGCGGCGUAGUGUGUUACUGAUGGUAGGCUUUGUUACUUUGGUCCCAGCUCUCUGCAGAUCAUUCACUAGGUCCCCCCGUGUGGUUCUGGGAUUUUUGCUCACCGUUCUUGUGAUCAUUUUGACCCCAUGGGGUCAGAUCUUGCGUGGAGCCCCAGAUCGAGGGAGAUUAUCAGUGGUCUUGUAUGUCUUCCAUUUCCUAAUAAUUGCUCCCACAGUUGAUUUCUUCAAACCAAGCUGCUUACCUAUUGCAGAUUCAGUCUUCCCAGCCUGGUGCAGGUCUACAAUUUUGUUUCUGGUGUCCUUUGACAGCUCGUUGGUCUUGGCCAUAGUGGAGUUUGGAGUGUGACUGUUUGAGGUUGUGGACAGGUGUCUUUUAUACUGAUAACAAGUUCAAACAGGUGCCAUUAAUACAGGUAACGAGUGGAGGACAGAGGAGCCUCUUAAAGAAGAAGUUACAGGUCUGUGAGAGCCAGAAAUCUUGCUUGUUUGUAGGUGACCAAAUACUUAUUUUCCACCAUAAUUUGCAAAUAAAUUCAUUAGAAAUCCUACAAUGUGAUUUUCUGGAAAAAAAAUUCUCAAUUAGUCUGUCAUAGUUGACGUGUACCUAUGAUGAAAAUUACAGGCCUCUCAUCUUUUAAAGUGGGAGAACUUGCACAAUUGGUGGCUGACUAAAUACUUUUUUUCCCCACUGUAUGAAGGAAAAGUUCUGGCGUUUUGGUGCAGGAACAGAAAACUAGUGCUAAAAUAAUAUUGCGGUAUUGUGAAAACGAUACGAUAUAUCGUCAAAAAUAAUAUCCCGAUAUGUAACUGUAUUGUUUUUUUUCCCCCCAUAACUAACCAUCUUCCUGUUUCUCUGUUCAUUCUACCUCCCCCACCAGCUCUUCCAGACUGAACAACGGAGAGAUGGAGUCGGUGAAGACCUUGAUCGUUCACGACGAGGGCGAGAGUGACUCUAAAACCACACCCUGUAAAGAUGGCACUCUGAUCGUCAGACCGGUAAGGCCAACACCAAGUCCAUGCAGACUGGGAGGAGUCAACUACAUCUCUUAUAACAACAUUAUCAGUCACACACUGUAAACCUUUUAGUUAUUUUAUUGUGGUAUUUCAUAUACUCAUUUGUCCCCUUAUAGUUUACCCACUGUGUUUGAUAUUGUGUUGGACCUCAUCUUAUUUGUUCUGUCAUUGUUUACUUUGGGUUGCUGGUGAAGGGGUUUGGGUUAGAGUGGAAAGGGCUUGGUUAGCCUGGAGAAAUGGACCCACUCCCAGUAUUAACCACCCGCUCCCCCAUUAGAUGACAGUAUAAGGGCUAGAUGGUAGUCCUGCAACAGAUUGAAGUUCUUAAAAUGGCUCCACUAAAGUCAUAUAAAUAAUUUAUUAAGAAAUGUAAACAAAAUAAUUAUACUUUUGGUCUCUGUUAUUGACCAUUCUCUUAUACUUAACCCCCAAUUGAAUGUGUCUGAAGUCUCUUACAGUAGUAGACUAGCUCUAGUAGACUGUACCUUCAGUAGACUACUUUAGUAGACUAGUCUUCCCUUAACACAAUAGCCAAUAGAAUCCCUCCACUGCAUAGAAAGAAACCUAGACCCAAAGUGUGCCCCUGUUCUUACUUCCAGAGUACAGGUGACAACAAAAAGCGACCUGUCCCCAGCCCUGGUCAAGGCCCUGGCCCUGUCCCUGGCUUUAACACCAGCCCCGGGCUGAUUCACCCUGCCCUCCAGGGCCUUCCAGGCCUCCAAGGCCACCAGGAGAAAAAUGGCUUUGUGGGCCGCAUUCACCUCCUGCCUGACCUGAUCCAGCAGAGCCACCACUCCCCCUCCUCCUCCGCCUCCUCCUCUCCCUCCUCCAGCCUGGCCAGCCCCACCAUGUCCAUGUCCCCCCAGAGCCCCCUGGACAAGCUCAGCAUGCUCCUGGAGGUACGUCCCUCAGCCCCCCUCUGACCCCUGGUCCUCCGUCAGGCCUCUGCUGGUUGCAUCUGGUAGUGCUCUCUCUCUGGCCACCUCUCUCUGGUCACUCUGCUGGUUGCAUCUGGUAGUGCUCUCUCUCUGGCCACCUAGUGGGCCUCUUUAUCGCUUCCUUUUUCUGAGUGAGACAACUACUCUAGUUUCCUCCAAGCUCUGUAGGUAAGGUGGUGUGGUGAUGGAUAAUUUUUGUUGCUCCCCCUAAAAAAAUAUAUUAUUUUGACCAAAUUUCUGGUAUUUGACAUAAUUUCUUAUUAUAGUUUUUGAGACUAUAUUAGGUUGCGCUGGCUUACAUGUCCUUGGAGGCCCAUUACGGGGUUUCCUCUAGCCCUAAGAUCUCUCUCUCUCUGAUUAUUAUUUGUGGCUUUUAAUCAGUCAGAUCGUUAAAGACAUCUUCCAGAAACCCUCUCAAGACUAGGCUACGACGUAACAUAUUUCAGGAAUAAGGCAAUUGUUUUACCAUAAAAAGACAUUCCUUGAAAUAUAUUUUUGUUCCUCAGCUUUUGUUUUUACCUGAACAUUCCAUCUAUUUGACCUCUACCCACCACCAUAGAGACCUCUUGUUUUUUCCUUUUUCACUUUACUUCAUUGUGUGAUUUUGUGAGUUUUUCCCUAUGCCUGAUAUCUGCAUGCUCCUUACAUCUGCCUCAGUUUAUUGUGUCCAUCUUUCAAAAUGUCUGUUUGGUAGUCUUUGAACUUGUAUUGAACUUAUAUAUUGCAUAUUGCACACACUGCUGCCAUUGUAGUCUUGGUCUAUGAGUUGGGAGGUAAGUCAAUGUCAUAAUGAUAGAAAUACAUGUGAUUCUAUGUAUCGUCAUUGUUGUUCUAUUCACCUGCUCCUCUAGAGUCAUUCUGUCAGCAACACCAUGCAGAAACACAAGUCCUCCUCCUCCUUCACUCCUUUUAUCGAUCCACGCCUCCUCCAGGUCUCUACAUCCGGCGCCGCUCUCAACAACCUGGGUAAACCCGUUCUCCCAGCCCCCUUAUUGGACGACAAGUUCCCUUCAGUAGUAUCUGAGUGGUUCCCUCCAGUGUCAAUCAACCUGGUGUUAGAUUCUGAGGCAACACCAGAGAACACCUGUUUAUUCUCUACAAAAGUUAUAUAAAUGUAUACUAAAUAUAACUGAAUAUAUAUGACAGUAAUACAUAAUCUGCUUGUAUUUCCAACUGAAUCCCUUCCUUGUCCCUGCAGCUUUUGGGAACGACGCCAGGCUGGCGGAGGCACUGAGGGCGGACCCGUCACGUAAAGGCUCCGUGGUCAACGUGAACCCUGUCAACACACGGCCGCAGAGCGACACCCCAGAGAUCCGCAAGUACAAGAAGAGGUUCAACUCUGAGAUCCUGUGUGCUGCGCUCUGGGGUGAGUGGUCACAAUUAUCUCUGCUAUGUAGUUAUCACAGUCAUAUCAGUCUUCGCCAGCAGGUGGUAGCAAACUAAAUGUGAAAGUGUGUGUUUUUGUGUAGGAGUGAACCUGCUGGUGGGGACAGAGAGUGGUCUGAUGCUGCUGGAUCGUAGCGGUCAGGGGAAGGUGUACCCCCUCAUCAGUCGACGCCGCUUCCAACAGAUGGACGUCCUGGAGGGCCUAAACGUCCUGGUUACUAUAUCAGGUAGGUACACGCUAUACAUUUAGUUACUACACACACACACACACACACACACACACACACACACACACACACACACACACACACACACACUAUACAUGCACAGUUACUACACAUACAUGGGAAAACACAGAAAUGCAAACACACGCACAUGCACACACACACACACACACACACACACACACACAUUUUUAAGAUGUCUAUGGGAUCUCUGAUGAGACCGUUCGUGCAAAGCUAUUUUAGUCUGAUUCCAGACUUAUUCAGACAGGCAGUGUCUGACUGUAGGUUCCUGCUUCUCUUUCCUGUGCUGUGGUCACAUCAUUCAUUCAUUGUACCAACCAAUGCUGGCUCUUCUGGUGUCACUCAACAGACAUUCAGCCAGAGGAAAUCGAGUAAAUGGCCAGUGAGCGUGUAGGACAUCAUAUAUUUGUAUUGCAUGUCCACUGACACACACGCAAAGGUUUCCAUGGUGGAAGCACGGAAACACACACAGAUACGGCAGGUAGCUUAGUGGUUAAGAGCGUAGUGCCAGUAACCGAAAGGUUGCUGGUUCUAAUCCCUGAGCCGACUAGGUGAAAAAUCUGCCGAUGUGCCCUUGAGCAAGGCACUUAACCCUAAUUGCUCCUGUAAGUCACUCUGGAUAAGAGCGUCUGCUAAAUGACUAAAAAUAUAAAUAGAUAGUCAGAUUUAUCAUUUUGAUGUAAUUUUGCAAUGAAUGAAAGAAAGGGUCCAUGCUCUAAAGAGACGUUGAGACAAUUUGAUGUUGCUUCUUCAGUUUUUAGCUUAGAUGGAAAUGCAAAUGUGUUAUCCUUCAAGUCAUUGUACUGGAUCAUUCUCAGUAGAUUAAUAUAAAAGUUGUGUGUGUUCCGACUUGUUGGUCAGGUUACAGAAAAUGUUGUCUUUCAAUUUGAAGACCUACAUUCACAAACACAAUAUUCCGUUAUGUUGCAACAUGUUGUCAAAUAUUCAGUACAGGUUCUACAACAAUACAGACCCUGUCAUUGACUCAGCAUAUCCUCUGUACUAGUAUUGAUAAUGAUUUCAAAUAUGUUCAUCACAAUUGAAAUAAAUAAAUAAAUACAUAGUAAAAACUCCAAUAAUACCUCUAUUCAUUGAAAUAGGUGUGUACAGUAAGACGGCUUCCUCCACCCAUUACAUAGGAGUAGGGUGAAGUUGCCCCUACACGCUGAUCUUAGGUCAGUUUGGCAUUUUCCCCACUAGAUCUGUACCUAGGGGAAACGUCACCCCCUGUGCCAUUACAUAUUGAUUAUACAGUACCAGUCAAAAGUUUGGACACACCUACUCAUUCAAGGAAUUUUCUUAAUUUUUUACUAUUUUGUACAUUGUAGAAUAAUAGUGAAGACAUCAAAACUAUGAAAUAACACAUAUGGAAUCAUGUAGUAACAUAAAAAUGUUUGAGAUUUUUCAAAUAGCCACCCUUUUGCCUUGAUGACAGCUUUGCAAGCUCUUUGCAUUCUCUCAACCUGCUUCACCUGGAAUGGUUUUUCAACAGUCUUGAAAGAGUUCCCACAUAUGCUGAGCACUUGUUGGCUGCUUUUCCUUCACUCUGCCGUCCGACUCAUCCCAAACCACCUCAAUUGGGUUGAGGUCGGGGGAUUGUGAAGGCCAGGUCAUCUGAUGCAGCACUCCAUCACUCUCCUUCUUGGUAAAAUAUCCCUUACACAGCCUGGAUGUGUGUUGGGUUAUUGUCCUGUUGAAAAACAAAUUAUAGUCCCACUAAGCCCAAACCAGAUGGGAUGGCAUAUCACUGCAGAAUGCUGUGGUAGCCAUGCUGGUUAAGUGUGCCUUGAAUUCUAAAUAGAUCACAGACAGUGUCACCAGCAAAGCACCCCCACACCAUAACACCUCCUCCAUGCUUUACGGUGGGAACUAAUCAUGCGGAGAUCAGCCGUUCACCCACACUGCGACUCACAAAGACACGGCGUCUUGAACCAAAAAUCUCAAAUGUGGACUCCAGACAAAAGGACACAUCUCCACCGGUAUAAUGUCCAUUGCUCGUGUUUCUUUGCCCAAGCAGGUCUCUUCUUCUUAUUGGUGUCCUUUUAGUAGUGGUUUCCUUGCAGCAAUUCGACCAUGAAGGCCUGAUUCCCACAGUCCCCUCUGAACAGUUGAUGUUGAGAUGUCUGUUACUUGAACUCUGUGAAGCAUUUAUUUGGGAUGCAAUUUCUGAGGCUGGUAACUCUAAUGAAUGUAUCAUCUGCAGCAGAGGUAACUCUGGGUCUUCCAUUCCUGUGGCGGUCCUCAUGAGAGCCAGUUUCAUCAUAGCGCUUGAUGGUUUUUGCGACUGCAAAAUUGUACGUAUUGACUGACCUUCAUGUCUUAAAGUAAUGGACUGUCGUUUCUCUUUGUUUCUUCGAGCUGUUCUUGCCAUAAUAUGGACUUGGUCUUUUACCAAAUAGGGCUAUCUUCUGUAUAUCCCCCCUACCUUGGCACAACACAACUGAUUGGCUCAAACGCAUUAACUUUUAAGAAGUCACACCUGUUAAUUGAAACGCAUUCCAGGUGACUACCUCAUGAAGCUGGUUGAGAGAAUGCCAAGAGUGUGCAAAGCUGUCAUCAAGGCAAAGGGUGGAUAUUUGAAGAAUCUCAAAUAUAAAAUAUAUUUUGAUUUGUUUAACACUUUUUUGUUUACUACAUGAUUCUAUAUGUGUUAUUUCAUAGUUUUGAUGUAUUCACUAUUAUUCUACAAUGUAAAUUUUUAAAAAAAUAAAGUAAAACCCUUGAAUGAGUAGGUGUGUCCAAACUUUUGACUGGUAGUGUAUAUCGUAGGUGCAUUGUAGGUACCCUGACCCUUGACCUCUCCCGCUUGUCUGACUGUCCCGUGCAGGCAAGAAGAACAAGCUGCGUGUGUACUAUCUGUCCUGGCUGAGGAACAAGAUCCUGCACAAUGACCCUGAGGUGGAGAAGAAGCAGGGCUGGGUCACUGUGGGAGACCUGGAGGGCGCUGUUCACUACAAAGUUGGUAUGUCCCAUCUCCAGCAUGCAUUUGGCCAGUGUGGUUGAAAGGAUGGGAAGGUAUUUUUUGGGGAGAAAAUUGAGGACAGUUUUAGCAUAGAAAUUGAUGUUAUGGUAAAAUGUGUCUGCACAAACAUGUUUAGGAUCCAUUGUUUUAUAAGUCAGCACUUCAUGUCAUGAUUGAAACAUGUUGGAAGAGUUUGGUCAUGAAAUCUACAGCAACGUACAAAAUACCCUCUGUCUACCCAGCGAACGCCAUGUCCCAAUUCUGCACUGUCACAUCUCUGAGUAGGAUAAUAAGACUGUAAUAUGUCAGCUAAUAGCAUUUUGGUAGAAUUUGUAUCUGGGGGCAGAGAACUUAAAAACAAUAAGGCUACUGUGUCAUUAAACAUCUUGAGGAUGCUCUGAAUUGACCUUGUUAGUUGGUGCCUCCUGAUGGCAACAUCCUCAUGUGUCCCAACUGGUUUAUUCCCCAGUGAAAUACGAGAGGAUCAAGUUUUUGGUUCUGGCCCUGAAGAACUCGGUGGAGGUCUAUGCAUGGGCACCGAAGCCGUACCAUAAGUUCAUGGCUUUCAAGGUGAAACCUUAGAUGCCCCUGCUUAUGCAUGAUAGCUAUUCACUUCCAUCUGUUCAAUCAGUUAUGCAGCUAUUGUGAAUUGUCAUGACAAUGAUAAAAUGACUCCCAGACACACAUGCACACAUUACUGUACUGUAUGUGAAUAACCUUUGUCCCCUGGUUGACCCCUGCAGUCGUUUGGUGACCUGGUGCACAAGCCCCUGCUGGUUGACCUGACGGUGGAGGAGGGUCAGAGGUUAAAGGUAAUCUAUGGCUCCAGUAACGGAUUCCAUGCCGUGGACGUGGACUCAGGGGCCGUCUACGACAUCUACCUGCCCACCCAUGUAAGAAACACACUCAUGUCUCUGGAACCUCUCAUCCCCUUCUUCCCCCCUCUUUCUUCAAACAUACAUUGCCUUGCAACAGUAUUCAUCCCCCUUGGGGGUUUUCCUAUUUUGUUGCAUUACAACCUGUAAUUUAAAUUUAUUUUUAUUUGGAUUUCAUGUAAUGGACAUACACAAAAUAGUCCAAAUUGGUGAAGUGAAAUGAAAAAAAUAACUUGUUUCAAAAAAUUCUAAAAAAUAAAUAACGGAAAAGUUGUGCGUGCAUACAGUGAAGGAAAAAAGUAUUUGAUCCCCUGCUGAUUUUGUACGUUUGCCCACUGACAAAGACACGAUCAGUCUAUAAUUUUAAUGGUAGGUUGAACAGUGAGAGACAGAAUAACAACUAAAAAAUCCAGAAAAAACGCAUGUCGAAAAUGUUAUCAAUUGAUUUGCAUUUUAAUGAGGGAAAUAAGUAUUUGACCCCUCUGCAAAACAUGACUUAGUAGUUGGUGGCAAAACCCUUGUUGGCAAUCACAGAGGUCAGACGUUUCUUGUAGUUGGCCACCAGGUUUGCACAUAUCUCAGGAGGGAUUUUGUUCCACUCCUCUUUGCAGAUCUUCUCCAAGUCAUUAAGGUUUCGAGGCUGACAUUUGUCAACUCGAACCUUCAGCUCCCUCCACAGAUUUUCUAUGGGAUUAAGGUCUGGAGACUGGCUAGGCCACUCCAGGACCUUAAUGUGCUUCUUCUUGAGCCACUCCUUUGUUGCCUUGGCCGUGUGUUUUGGGUCAUUGUCAUGCUGGAAUACCCAUCCACGACCCAUUUUCAAUGCCCUGGCUGAGGGAAGGAGGUUCUCACCCAAGAUUUGACGGUACAUGGCCCCGUCCAUCGUCCCUUUGAUGCGGUGAAGUUGUCCUGUCCCCUUAGCAGAAAAACACUCCCAAAGCAUAAUGUUUCCACCUCCAUGUUUGACGGUGGGGAUGGUGUUCUUGGGGUCAUAGGCAGCAUUCCUCCUCCUCCAAACAAGGCGAGUUGAGUUGAUCCCAAAGAGCUCGAUUUUGGUCUCAUCUGACCACAACACUUUCACUCCGUUCUCCUCUGAAUUAUUCAGAUGUUCAUUGGCAAACUUCAGACGGCCCUGUAUAUGUGCUUUCUUGAGCAGGGGGACCUUGCGGGCGUUGCAGGAUUUCAGUCCUUCACGGCGUAGUGUGUUGUCAAUUGUUUUCUUGGUGACUAUGGUCCCAGCUGCCUUGAGAUCAUUGACAAGAUCCUCCCGUGUAGUUCUGGGCUGAUUCCUCACCGUUCUCAUGAUCAUUGCAACUCCACGAGGUGAGAUCUUGCAUGGAGCCCCAGGCCGAGGGAGAUUGACAGUUCUUUUGUGUUUCUUCCAUUUGCGAAUAAUCGCACCAACUGUUGUCACCUUCUCACCAAGCUGCUUGGCGAUGGUCUUGUAGCCCAUUCCAGCCUUGUGUAGGUCUACAAUCUUGUCCCUGACAUCCUUGGAGAGCUCUUUGGUCUUGGCCAUGGUGGAGAGUUUGGAAUCUGAUUGAUUGAUUGCUUCUGUGGACAGGUGUCAUUUAUACAGGUAACAAGCUGAGAUUAGGAGCACUCCCUUUAAGAGUGUGCUCCUAAUCUCAGCUCGUUACCUGUAUAAAAGACACCUGGGAGCCAGAAAUCUUUCUGAUUGAGAGGGGGUCAAAUACUUAGUUACCUCAUUAAAAUGCUAAUCAAUUUAUAACAUUUUUGAAAUGCGUUUUUCUGGAUUUUUUUGUUGUUAUUCUGUCUCUCACUGUUCAAAUAAACCUACCAUUAAAAUUAUAGACUGAUCAUUUCUUUGUCAGUGGGCAAAUGGACAAAAUCAGCAGGGGAUCAAAUACUUUUUUCCCUCUUAUGUAUUUACCCCCUUUGCUAUGAAGCCCCUAAAUAAGAUCUGGUGCAACCAAUUACCGUUAGAAGGCACAUAAUUAGUUAAAUAAAGUCCACCUGUGUGCAAUCUAAGUGUCACAUGAUCUGUCACAUGAUCUCAGAAUAUAUACACCUGUUCUGAAAGGCCCCAGAGUCUGCAACACCACUAAGCAAGGGGCACCAUCAAGCAAGCGGCACCAUGAAGACCAAGUAGCUCUCCAAACAGGUCAGGGACAAAGUUGUGGAGAAGUACAGAUCAGGGUUGGGUUAUAAAAAAAUAUCAGAAACUUUGAACAUCCCACGGAGCAACAUUAAAUCCAUGAUUAAAAAAUUGAAAGAAUAUGGCACCACAACAAACCAGCCAAGAGAGGGCCGCCCACAUAAACUCACGGACCAGGCAAGGAGGGCAUUAAUCAGAGAGGCAACAAAGAGACCAAAGAUAACCCUGAAGGAGCAGCAAAGUUCCACAGCGGAGAUUGGAGUAUCUGUCCAUAGGACCACUUUAAGCUGUACACUCCACAGAGCUGGGCUUUAUGUAAGAGUGGCCAGAAAAAAGCCAUUGCUUAAAGAAAAAAAUAAGCAAACACGUUUGGUGUUCACCAAAAGGCAUGUGGGAGACUCUCCAAAUAUAUGGAAGAAGGUACUGUGGUCAGAUGACACUAGAAUUUAGCUUUUUGGCCAUCAAGGAAAACGCUAUGUCUGGCGCAAACCAAACACCUCUCAACACCCCGAGAACACCAUCCCCACAGUGAAGCAUGGUGGUGGCAGCAUCAUGCUGUGGGGAUGUUUUUCAUGGGCAGGGACUGGGAAACUGGUCAGAAUUGACGGAAUGAUGGAUGGCGCUAAAUACAGGGAAAUUCUUGAGGGAAACCUGUUUCAGUCUUCCAGAGACUGGGACAGAGGUUCACCUUCCAGCAGGACAAUGACCCUAAGCAUACUGAGUGGCGCAGUGGUCUAAGGCACUGCAUCGCAGUGCUAACUGUGCCACUAGAGAUCCUGGUUCGAAUCCAGGCUCUGUCGCAGCCGGCCGCGACCGGGAGACUCAUGGGCGGCGCACAAUUGGCCCAGCAUCGUCCAGGGUAGGGGAGGGAAUGGCCGGCAGGGAUGUAGCUCAGUUGAUAGAGCAUGGCGUUUGCAACGCCAGGGUUGUGGGUUCGAUUCCCACGGGGGGCCAGUAUAAAAAAAUAUGUAUUCACUAACUGUAAGUCGCUCUGGAUAAGAGCGUCUGCUAAAUGACUAAAAUGUAAAUGUAAUGUAAUGCAACACUUGAGUGGUUUUAGGGGAAAAUGUUCAAUGUCUUGGAAUGGCCUAGUCAAAGCCCAGACCUCAAUCCAAUUGAGAAUCUGUGGUAUGACUUAAAGAUUGCUGUACACCAGCGGAACCCAUCCAACUUGAAGUAGCUGGAGCAGUUUUGCCUUGAAGAAUGGGCAAAAAUCCAAGUGGCUAGAUGUGCCAAGCUUAUAGAGACAUACCCCAAGACACUUUGGGGGUGGGACCGGGGUGGGCAAUGCACGCUCAAGUUUUCUGUUUUUCACAAGAAAAAAUAUUUUGUAGCUUCAAAGUGAUAGGCAUGUUGUGUAAAUCAAAUGAUACAAACCCCCAAAAAAAUCAAUUUAAAUUCCAGGUUGUAAGGCAACAAAAUAGGAAAGAUGCCAAGGGGGGUGAAUACUUUCACAAGCCACUGUAACUUCAUUAUUGAAUGAAUAAUUUCUCUCUCUCCCCCUCUUUCUCUCUCUCUCUCCCCCUCGUUCUCUCUCUCUUCUCUCUCCCCCACUUCCUCUCUCCUCUCUUCCCCCUCUUCGUUCUCUCUCUCUCCCCCUCUUUCUCUCUCUCUCUCCCCCUCUUUCUCUCUCUCUCUCCCCCUCUUUCUCUCUCUCUCUUCCUCUUUCUCUCUCUCUUCCCCUCUUUCUCUCUCUCUCUCCCUCCCACUCUCUCUCACUCUCCCCCUCUUUCUCUCUCUCCCCCUCUCUCUCUCCCUCUCCCUCUGUAGAUCCAGACCAGUAUCCAGUCCCAUGCCAUCAUCAUCCUGCCCAACACAGAUGGCAUUGAGCUGCUGGUGUGUUACGAGGACGAGGGUGUCUAUGUCAACACUUAUGGACGCAUCACCAAGGACGUGGUGCUGCAGUGGGGCGAGAUGCCCACCUCCGUGGGUAAGUGGACACAGACGCACAUGUACGCAUACACACUCACACACAAUAGGUCCUUAAGUGAAGUGUUUAAGCAUGUUAACUCGGUUGCCAUCCCACCGACUCACACCCCUAUCCCCCUCUUUGUCUUUCUCUCUGUAGCCUAUAUCCGUUCUAACCAGAUCAUGGGCUGGGGGGAGAAAGCCAUAGAGAUCAGAUCUGUGGAGACUGGACAUCUGGACGGAGUCUUCAUGCACAAGAGAGCCCAGAGACUCAAGUUCCUGUGUGAGAGGAAUGACAAGGUGAGACCCCUGGACACGUACAUACACACUUGGAGGUACUCUCCCCAGGUCUGUUUACACAAAUAACUCUGUCCAAAUAAAAUAAAAUCAAUUUAAAUAGUCCAGGUGGCCAUUUGAUUAAUUGUUCAGCAGUCUUAUGGCUUGGGGGUAGAAGCUGUUAAGGAGCCUUUUGGACCUAGACUUGGUGCUCCGGUACCGCUUGCCGUGCAGUAGCAGAGAGAACAGUCUAUGACUUGGGUGACUGGAGUCUUUGUCUCCACCUAGUAUAUAGGUCCUGGAUGGCAGGAAGCUUGGCCCCAGUGAUGUACUGGGCCAUACGCACUACCCUCUGUAGCGCCUUGCGGUCGGAGGUCGAGCAGUUGCCAUACCAGGCGGUGAUGCAACCGGUCAGGAUGCUCUCGAUGGUGCAGCUGUAUAACUUUUUGAGUAUCUGGGGACCCAUGGCAAAUUGUUUCAGUCUCCUGAUGGGGAAAAGGUGUUGUCGUGCCCUCUUCACGACUGUCUUGGUGUGUUUGGACCAUGAUAGUUGGUCCCUCUCAGACCUCUCCCACCUUCUAGUGUGUCACAAAGCGCUGACUCAUCCUGUGUCCCAGGCAACCCUGCAGUGACUCAGGACCCCAUUUAUUGAGUCUAUCGAUCUGCCUAGCACUGUUUUCCCAUUCUAUUAAAAUACAGGGUAUUUUUAGACAGGCAGCAGUUAGUCUGAAGUGGCCAUCAAUGCUAGUUUCUGAGACUUCACGCUCCCUCGUUGACUAGUGGAGUAGGCAGAUUAACACACUGAGGGAGGCUAUACACCUACUAUAUCCCUGGCUUCCUUAAGAAUAGCAAAAUAAGAUUUCAUGUUCACAAACCUUUUUGCCGCUGUUAGAUCUUUGUUAUACACACCAACUAAGAGCUGAACUAGCUAGAAUGUUAGAGGAGUGGGACCGACCAUAAAGCAGAAGCAGCUGAUGUCUGGUGGAGAGAGCUAGUCUGACCGCAGUUUCCCCAUUUCAUAUGGUUUACUGCAGGGAUCAUUAAAUAGAUUAAGCCGACGGGCCAAUUUUUUUCUUGAGCGGAUGGUUAGGGGACCGGAACAUAAUGACAAAUAAGAUAUCAUAUUUGACUAAAACAUAAUAAUUUCAAACCUUGCUUACAUUUGUAUAUGAUCACAUACUGUACAUCUCUCUAUUAUGCGUGGGAAUACUUUAGAACCAAUUUCCAAAAAAAUUAAAUCACGGAGCUGAUUUGCUGGUAUUCUUUUUCUUAUGUCCAACAAUUUUUAAAAAAUGUGUUACAAAAAUACAUAUUUUUUUUGCUCAGAAAACUUGGGGGCCAAAUAAAAUCACCUGCCGGCCAAAGUACAGUUGAAAAAACUCCAAGGCGCUCAUUGGUUUGUUGAAAAGUCCCAAAAUCAUUUUAAGUAUCUAUAUCUGGGAAUAUCGUUUUUCUGGGAAUCUGGGAAAGUAUUCAGACCCUUUCACUUUUUCCACAUUUUGUUACGUUACAGCCUUAUUCUGAAAUGUAUUACACUUAUUUUUUCCCUCAUCAAUCUACACACAAUACCCCAUAAUGACAAAGCAAAAACAGGGGAGAAGGGCCUUGGUCAGGGAGGUGACCAAGAACCCGAUGGUCACUCUGACAGAGCUCUAAAGUUCCUCUGUGGAGAUGGGAGAACCUUCCAGAAGGACAACCAUCUCUGCAGCACUCCACCAAUCAGGCUUUUAUGGUAGUGGCCAGACGGAGGCCACUCCUCAGUAAAAGGCACAUGAAAGCCCGCUUGGAGUUUUCCAAAAGGCACCUAAAGGACUCUCAGACCGUGAUAAACUAGAUUAUCUGGUCUAAAGAAGAUUGAACUAUCUGGCCUGAAUGCCAAGCGUCACGUCUGGAGGAAACCUGGCCAAUACCAUCUCUACGGUGAAGCAUGGUGGUGGCAGCAUCAUGCUGUGGGGAUGUUUCCCAGCAGCAGGGGGUGGGGUUGGGGGGGAGAGGAGAGAGAGGGAGGGAGAGGGAGAGAUAGAAUACUUAAAUUCACACAGGACACCAGAUAAGACAGGAGAAUUACACCAGAUAUAACAGACGGACCCUAGCCCCCCGGCACAUAGACUAUUGCAGCAUAGAUACGGGAGGCUGAGACUGGGGGGUCGGGGGAUAGGGCCAACCAGGUCCUAUCCCCCGACCCCACCCACCUUGCCAAAGCACAGCUCCCACACCACUAGUGGGAUAUCAAUUGACCACCAACUUACUACCCGAGACAAGGCUGAGUAUAGCCCAUGAAGAUCUCCGCCACCGCACGAGCCAGAGGGGGCACAAAACCGGACAGGAAGAUCACGUCAAUGACUCAGCCCACUCAAGUGACGCACCCCACUAGUAAGCCAGUGACUCAGCCUCCGUAAUAGGGUCAGAGGCAAAGAAUCCCAGUGCAUUGCCGUUCACCUUCGCACCCCUGGGCCAGACUACACUCAAUCAUAGGACCUACUGAAGAGAUGAGUCUUCAGUAAAGACUUAAAGGUCGAGACCGACUCUGUCUCUCUCACAUGGAUAGGCAGACCAUUCCAUGAAAAUUGAGCUCUAUAGGAGAAAGCCCUGCCUCCAGCUGUUUGCUUAAAAAUUCUGGGACAAUAAGGAGGCCUGCGUCUUGUAACCGUAGCGUACGUAUAGGUAUGUACAGCAGGACCAAAUCGGAGAGAUAGGUAGGAGCAAGCCCAUGUAAUGCCUUGUAGGUUAGCAGUAAAACCUUGAAAUCAGCCCUAGCCUUAACAGGAAGCCAGUGUAGAGAGGCUAGCACUGGAGUAAUAUGAUCACAUUUUUUGGUUCUAGUCAAGAUUCUAGCAGCCGUGUUUAGCACUAACUGAAGUUUAUUUAGUGCUUUAUCCGGGUAGCCGGAGAGUAGAGCAUUGCAGUAGUCUAAUAUAGAAGUGACAAAAGCAUGGAUUAGCUUUUCUGCAUAAUUCUUAUUUUUGCAAUGUUACGAAGAUGGAAAAAAGCUGUCCUUGAAAUAUAAAGUUGAAAUUGUGUUUCCGAAUGACAUCACCAAGAGGUAGAAUAUAUAGCGAAAACAGUGGUCAUAAAACGGAACCUUGAGGAACACCGAAACGUACAAUUGAUUUGUCAGAGGACAAACCAUCCACAGAGACAAACUAAUAUCUUUCCGAUGGAUAAGAUCUAAACCAGUCAAGAACUUGUCCGUGUAGACCAAUUUGGGUUUCCAAUCUCUCCAAACUAAUGUGGGGAUUGAUGGUGUCAAAAACAGCACUAAGGCCUAGGAGCACGAGGACAGAUGCAGAGCCUUGGUCUGACUUCAUGAAAAUGUAAUUUACCACCUUCACGAGUGCAGUCUCAGUGCUAUGAUGGGGUCUAAAACCAGACUGCAGUGUUUCGUAUACAUUAUUUGUCCUCAGGAAGGCAGUGAGUUGCUGCGCAACAGCUUUUUCUAAAAUGUUUGAGAGGAAUGGGAGAUUCGAUAUAGGCAGAUUUUUUGUUUUUUACAUUUUCCCUGUCAAGGUUUGGCUUUUUCAAGAGAGGCUUUAAUACUGCCACUUAUAGUGAAUUUGGUACACAUCCAAAGGAUAGGGAGCCAUUUAUUAUGUUCAACAUAGGAGGACCAAUCACAGGAAGUAGCUCUUUCAGUAGUUUAGUUGGAAUAGGGUCCAGUAUGCAGCUUGAAGGUUUAGAGGCCAUGACUAUUUUCAUGAAUGUGUCAAGAGAUACAGGAUCAAAAAAACUUGAGUGUCUCCAUUGAUCCAAGGUCCUGGCAGUUCAGGACAACUGAGCUUUGGAGAAAUACGCAGAUUCAAAGUGGAGACCGUAAUUAGCUUUCUAAUGAUUACAUUUACAUUUUACAUUUUAGUCAUUUAGCAGACGCUCUUAUCCAGAGCGACUUACAGUUAGUGAUUACAUAUUUAUAUAUAUAUUUUUAUUUUUUUUUAUUUUUUUUAAUAUACUGGCCCCCUUGGGAAUCGAACCCACAACCCUGGCGUUGCAAACGCCAUGCUCUAUCAACUGAGCUACAUCCCUGCCGGCCAUUCCCUCCCCUACCCUGGACGACGCUGGGCCAAUUGUGCGCCGCCCAUGAGUCUCCCGGUCACGGCCGGCUGCGACAGAGCCUGGAUCAUGAUCUGUUCGACAAAGAAGUUCAUGAAUUCAUCACUGCUGAAAGCCAUCCUCUCUUGAGGAAUGCAGGUUUUUAGUUAGCUUUGCAACAGUAUGAAAAAUAAAUGUUGGAUUGUUCUUAUUCUCCUCAAUUAGGUUGGAAAAAUAGGAUGAUUGAGCAACAGUGAGGGCUCUUCGAUAUUUCACGGUACUGUCUUUCCAAGCUAGUCGGAUGACUUCCUGUUUGGUGGAGCACCAUUUCCGUUCCAAUUUUCUGGAAGCUUGCUUCAGGGCUCGGGUAUUUUCUGUAUACCAGGGAGCUAAUUUCUUGUGACAAAUGUUUUUUUGUUUUUAGGGGUGUGACUGCAUAUAGGGUAUUACGCAAGGUUAAAUUUAGAUCCUCAGUUAGGUGGUUAACCAAUUUUUGUACUCUGACGUCCUUGGGUAGGUGGAGGGAGUCUGGAAGGGCAUCUAGGAAUCUUUGGGUUGUCCGAGAAUUUAUAGCACGGCUUUAGAUGAUCCUUGGUUGGGGUCUGAUCAGAUUAUUUGUUGUGAUUGCAAACAUAAUAAGAUGGUGGUCCGAUAGUCCAGGAUUAUGAGGAAAAACAUUUAGAUCCACAAUAUUUAUUCCACGGGACAAAACUAGAUCCAGGGUAUGACUAUGGCAAUGAGUAGGUCCGGAGACAUGUUGGACAAAACCCACUGAGUCGAUUAUGGCCUUUUGGAGUGGGUCUGUGGACUUUUCCAUGUUAAGUCACCAAACAUUAGAAUAUUAUCUGCCAUGACUACAAGGUCCGAUAGGAAUUCAGGGAACUCUGUGAGGAACGCUGUAUAUGGCCCAGGAGGCCUGUAAACAGUAGCUAUAAAAAGUGAUUGAGUAGGUUUCAUAGAUUUCAUGACUAGAAGCUCAAAAGACGAAACCGCAGUAAUAAUUUAUUGGGGGGGGGGGGGGGGGUAAAUUGAAAUUUGCUGUCGUAAAUGUUAGCAACACCCCUGCCUUUGCGGGAUGCGCGGGGGUUAUGGUCACUAGUGUAACCAGGAGGAGAGGCCUCAUUUAACACAGUAAAUUCAUCAAGCUUGAGCCAUGUUUCAGCCAGGCCAGUCACAUCAAGAUUAUGAUCAGUGAUUAGUUCAUUGACUAUGACUGCCUUGGAAGUGAGGGAUCUAACAUUAAGCAGCCCUAUUCUGAAAUGUGAGAGAUCACAAUCUCUUUCAAUAAUGACAGGAAUGGAAGAGGUCUUUAUUCCAGUGAGAUUGCUAAGGCAAACACUGCCAUGUUUAGUUUUGCCCAACUUAGAUCGAGGCACAGACACCGUCUCAAUGGGGAUAGCUGAGCUGACUAUACUGACUGUGCUAGUGGCAGACUCCACUAAGCUGGCAGGCUGGCUAAUAGCCUGCUGCCUGGCCUGCACCCUAUCUCAUUGUGGAGCUAGAGGAGUUACAGCCUUGUCUAUGUUGAUAAGAUGAGAGCACCCCUCCAGCUAGGAUGGAGUCCGUCACUCCUCAACAGGCCCGGCUUGGUCCUGUUUGUGGGUGAGUCCCAGAAAGAGGGCUAAUUAUCUACAAAUUCUAUCUUUUGGAAAGGGCAGAAAACAGUUUUCAAUCAGCGAUUGAGUUGUGAGACUGCUGUAGAGCUCAAGCUAAUUUACACGCUGAAGCUAUGUUGUGCUUGGUGACCUCUGACUAUUUCAUCCUAACAUCGUUGGUGCCGACGUGGAUAACAAUAUCCCUAUACUCUCUACGCUCGCCAGUUUUAGCCUUAGCCAGCACCCUCUUCAGAUUAGCCUUUAUGUCGGUAGCUCUCCCCCUUGGUAAACAGUGUAUGAUCGCAGGAUGAUUCUUUUUAAGUCUAAUAUUGCGCGUAAUGGAGUCGCCAAUGACUAGGGUUUUCAAUUUGUCAGAGCUAAUAGUGGGAGGCUUCGGAGGCUCAGACCCCGUAAUGGGUGGAGGAGAGACCUGAGAAGGCUCGGCCUCUGACUCUGACUCGUUGCUUAAUGGGGAGAACCGGUUGAAAGUUUCUGUCGGCUGAAUGAGCGACACCGGUUGAGCAUGCCGAGAGCAUUUCUUUCCAGAACCCUUGAGAAAAUUGUCCGGCUGCGGGGACCGUGUGGGGGGAUGUAUACUACUAUCUGUACUUACUGGUGGCAUAGACGCUGUUUCAUCCUUUCCUACACUUACAUUGCCAUUGCCUAAUGAUUGCAUCUGAAGCUGGGCUUGCAACACAGCUAUCCUCACCAUAAGGCAACAGUUUUCCUGUAUAUUAUGAGUACAGUGACUGCAAUUAGGCGUAGUGUUAAUGUUACUACUUAGCUUUUUCGGCUGGUGGCGGUCCUUUAGAACCAUGUCUAGAUAAAGCGUCCGGGCUGAGAAAGUUGAAUGGAAAAAGUAGAGCGAGGAAAUGAACUAAGACGUUGGUAGAUGUGUUAAAUGCAGAUUUUGAUUAAACGGUUAUUUAAAGUAAAAACCGAAAAGUUUGGCAGGUAGCCAAGUAGCAACAAAUAGCACAGUAUAACUAAGAUAACUAAUAAUGUAAGCAUACUGUGUCCAUAAUAAGUAUAUAGGUUGUAGGUUGGGAGCUUUGGUGAAAGAGCACAGUUAGAAAGAUAUGGCAUAUAGAAGCAAACCAGAUGGACAUCAUGAAAAUAAUCGGAGAGGUUGAGAGUAGAAGAAGUUCAGGAGAAAAAAAAAAUAUAUAUAUAAUUAUUUUUAUGUCGAUAAAAUGUAUAUAGUAAGUAUAAGCUGGAAGUAGAGGCCUAAGCAUUGUUGUUCACUAGUUUACUCCAAUUAGGGAAAGGGUGGUGGGGUUGGAAAGUAAUAAGGGGGAAUAUAUUUUAAAAAAGGAUGUGUAUGUAUGUAUGUGUGUGGAUGUGUGUGUGUAUAUAUAUAUAUAUAUAUAUAUAUAUAUAUAUAUAUAUAUAUAUAUAUAUAUAUAUAUAUAUAUAUAUAUAAAUAAAAACAUGGGGGAAGUGAUGCAGACAAUUACAUUGAUGGAAGUUACAAUCUAUCUGCAAUAUUAAGCUGAUCUACCCCCUAAAAAAUUUUUUUUUAAAUAGCACAGCAGCACAGAGACAAGUCUGGAAGUUGUGAUUUUGUGGCUGUGGUAACUAACCAAGGAUGUUUAUUUAUUUUUAUUUAACCAUUUAACUAGGCAAGUCAGUUAAGAACAAAUUCUUAUUUACAAUGACGGCCUACCAAAAUGCAAAAGGCCUCCUGUGGGGACGGGGGAUUAAAAAUACAAAUAUAGGACAAAACACACAUCACAACAAGAGAGACACCACUACAUAAAGAGAGACCUAAGACAACAACAUAGCAUGGCAGCAACACAUGACAACACAGCAUUGUAGCAACACCACAUGACAACAACAUGGUAGCAGCACAAAACAUGGUACAAACAAUAUUGGCCGCAGACAACAGCACAAGAAGGCAAGAAUACAUCACGCAAAGCAACCGCAACUGUCAGUAAGAGUGUCCAUGAUUGAGUCUUUGAAUGAAGAGAUGGAAAUAAAACUGUCCAGUUUGAGUGUUUUUUGCAGCUCGUUCCAGUCGCUAGCUGCAGCAAACUGAAAAGAAGAGCGACCCAGGGAUGUGUGUGCUUUGGGGACCUUUAACAGAAUGUGACUGGCAGAACAGGUGUUGUAUGUGGAGGAUGAGGGCUGCAGUAGGUAUCUCAGAUAGGGGGGAGUGAGGCCUUAGAGGGUUUUAUAAAUAAGCAUCAACCAGUGGGUCUUGCGAUGGUGAGAUGACCAGUUUACAGAGGAGUAUAGAGUGCAGUGAUGUGUCCUAUAAGGAGCAUUGGUGGCAAAUCUGAUGGCCGAAUGGUAAAGAACAUCUAGCUGCUCGAGAGCACCCUUACCUGCCAAUCUAUAAAUUACUUCUCCGUAAUCUAGCAUGGGUAGGAUGGUCAUCUGAAUCAGGGUUAGUUUGGCAACUGGGGUGAAAGAGGAGCGAUUACGAUAGAGGAAACCAAGUCUAGAUUUAACCUUAGCCUGCAGCUUUGAUAUGUGCUGAGAGAAGGACAGUGUACCGUCUAGCCAUACUCCCAAGUACUUGUAUGAGGUGACUACCUCAAGCUCUAAACCCUCAGAGGUAGUAAUCACACCGGUGGGGAGAGGGGCAUUCUUCUUACCAAACCACAUGACCUUUGUUUUGGAGAUGUUCAGAACAAGGUUAAGGGCAGAAAAAGCUUGUUGGACACUACGAAAGCUUUGUUGUAGAGCAUUUAACACAAAAUCCGGGGAGGGGCCAGCUGAGUAUAAGACUGUAUCAUCUGCAUAUAAAUGGAUGAGAGAGCUUCCUACUGCCUGAGCUAUGUUGUUGAUGUAAAUUGAGAAGCGCGUGGGGCCUAGGAUGGAGCCUUGGGGUACUCCCUUGAUGACAGGCAGUGGCUGAGACGGCAGAUGUUCUGACUUUAUACACUGCACUUUGAGAGAGGUAGUUAGCAAACCAGGCCAAAGACCCCUCAGAGACACCAAUAAUCCUUAGCCGGCCCACAAGAAUGGAAUGGUCUACCGUAUCAAAAGCUUUGGCCAAGUGAAUCAAAAUAGCAGCACAACAUUGCUUAAAUCAAGGGCAAUGGUGACAUCAUUUAGGACCUUUAAGGUUGCAGUGACACAUCCAUAACUUGAGCGGAAACCAGAUUGCAUACCAGAGAGAAUACUAUAGACAUCAAGAAAGCCAGUCAGUUGAUUAUUGACAAGUUUUUCCAACACUUUUGAUAAACAGGGCAAAAUAGAAAUUGGCCUAUAACAGUUAGGAUCAGCUUGAUCUCCCCCUUUAAAUAAAGUACGCAUUGUGGCUGCCUUCCAAGCAAUGGGAACCUUCUUCCAGAGAGGAGAGACGGGUUAAAAAGGUCAGAGGUAGGCUUGGUGAUGAUAGUGGCUGCAACCUUAAAGAAGAAAUGAUCUGACCCAGAUGUUUUUUUGGGGUCAAGUUUAAGGAGCUCCUAUAGCACCUCAGACUCAGUGACUGCCUGCAGGGAGAAACUUUGUAGCGGGGCAGGGGAAAAAGAGGGAGGAGCAUCUGGGCUAGUCGCAUUAGAAGGGGUGGGAGAUGAGGAAAUGUUGGAUGGGCAAUGAGGCAUGGUUCUGAGUCAAAUAGGAAUCCUGACUUUAUGAAGUAGUGAUUAAAGAGCUCAGCCAUGUGCUCCUUGUCAGUAACAACCACAUCAUCAACAUUAAGGGACAUGGGCAGCUGUGAGGAGGAGGGUUUAUACUCCAGGUCUUUAACCAUUUUCCAGAACUUCUUGGGGUUAGACCCACAGAGAGAGAACUGCUCCUUAAAGUAACUAACUUUGGCCUUCCAGAUAGCCUGAGUGCACUUAUUUCUAAUUUGCCUGAACGAGAGCCAGUCAGCCAGUCAGCCUGAGUAUGUGUGUGCUAUUUGUAAGUCGCUCUGGAUAAGAGCGUCUGCUAAAUGACGUAAAUGUAAAUGCAGAGCCUUUCUCCAAAUGGAAUUCUUGAGGUGGAGUAACUCUUCCAGAUCACGGACGAACCAGGGGCUGAACCUGAUUUUAAUUCUCAUUUUCUUUAUGGGGUGUGUUUGUUAACAAUACCACUGAAAAUAUCAAAAAAGAAGGUCCAAGCAUCUUCGACAGAGGGGAUCAAGCUGAUUCUAUACCAAUUUACAGAGGCCAGGUCAUGAAGGAAGGCUUGCUCAUUCAAGUUUUUUAGCAAGCGUCUAUGACAAAUCAGGACAGGUUGUUUCACUGAGCAACCAUUACGAACACAGGCUGUAAAACAGUGACUACUAAGGUCAUUACUGAUGUCACUGAUUUGUUUCGUUAUUGACUGAAGUGUGUGUGUGUGUGUUCCCAUCCGCAGGUCUUCUUUGCCUCGGUGCGAUCCGGAGGAGCCAGCCAGGUGUACUUUAUGACCCUGGGGCGCACCUCUCUGCUCAGCUGGUAG